AUGUCUGCCAGUAAGAAGCACUAUAUUACUACAUGCUGUUUUGAUGUUUAUUAAUACUUAUCUUGCAUUUUUCUUAAUAUCUUAUAUUAGUCAAAGGAUGCUUAUUAAAUAUCAUGAUUUCCUAACUAGUUAGAAAUAUAAUGAAUGGCGCCAGAUUAGCGCUAGCUCAUUUAUUUUCUCAGUUACGUGAUAUCCUGCUUUUCUUAUAGCGAUUUAGUCCCUGGUAUAUGCUCAUGUUUUAAAUUCUUGCUUGAAUAGUUAUUCCCUUCAAAGUUUACUUAAAGCUCAUUGAAGUGGUCCGAGUUCAGUGCCCCUGUCCGUUUAACCCUGCAAUUGUAAUUGUUGCUGUUAUUAAGAGACUGCAACAAUUACAUUACAGGGUUAACUCCACCUCUAGUCUACCAGACAGCCACUAGGAGCACUUCUGGGUCAUUGGUCGACUUUUGGUCGCCUAACUGAUGCUGGACGUCCUCACGCUCUGCAUGAGGACUUGCAGCGUUAGCUAAAAACCCUAAAGAAAGCAUUGAUUCAAUGCUUUCCUGUGGGGUAGUCCUAAUGCGAGCGCGGUUGACGACGGGUUAGGAACGGGGUCAGCGAUUAACCCGGCACUGAGGGACACUGGUGCUGGAUUUAGUAAAUUACAGAAUGAUUUUUAACCCUUCCUGCACUGCAGUGGGGGUAAAGGCGAGCGAGGGGGGGUACUCUAGGGUACUAUAGUGCCAUGAAUACAACUUUGUAUACUUAGCACUAUAGUUUCACUUUAAAGCUUGUUGUUAUCCUAUGUAUCUUGAUUUUUCUCUGCCCGGGUUAUUCUACUACUGACACUUACUAGCCCCCACCCCCAUUUUUUUUUUUUUUUUUAAACCAAAAACUUUUUUCAGUGAAAAAAAAAAUCUAAAACUUGAUAAAAGGAUUAUUAUAUUAAAAAUAGUUUUGAGGAGGUUUUGAGUUCUCUAAUUCCCAAAGAGUGCACAGAACACAAGUUGUAUGUGUAGAAAGUUAUAUUUAUUUUAAAUUAUUUUAUGUUACUAACUAUUGACUAAUAAUAUAUUAAAUGUCCUAUUCUUAUCUCUCCAGAAUCCACCGUGUUCAUACCCAAGUCCAUUUAUAAAAUUGAAGAAGACAUUGGCGAACUAAUGAUUCCGGUCAGGAGAAGUGGAGAUGUGGAGCAGGAGUUGAUGGUUAUCUGUUAUACUCACCAAGGUAAAUACAUUUCCCUUUUGAAUGCUCGCUUUUUCUGUCUAGAUUUGGAAAAUGUUAGGUACGGUACAAUGCUAACGUUACCACCAGUUACAUUACUGUCCAUUACAGUCCUCCUAUAAUUCAAUGUUAAGAAAGUUAUAUAUAUAUUUUUUUAUAUUUGACACCAUUAUCUAAACUGUUCACCUGUAACUGGUAUACAUUCUCGAUAUGUUACAUAUUAGUUAAAGGGACACUGUUGGCACUGUAACUGCUUUAUCUCAUUGAGGAGUCACCUUUUGUUCCAUUCAAAAUGGUUUUAAUGCUAAAUUAGAGUCCUAUCCCCUCUGUUCAACCUGUGCUAAUGAGGAAGCAUUAGCCUUGGUAAAAACGGGUGAUUGUGAUUGGCUGAGAAUGUCAGCUGACUGCUUGUAUAUACCUUGGUAUGGCUAAAAUAAAGAGUGUAAUCUCUGCCUGAGUCAUACCUCCAGUAGUGGAUGGGCUGUGGGUGCUCAAGGUUCUUUAUUCAGUGUAAAACUGCCUGAAAAUGGUUUAGCAUGGGAUGGCAUGGCCCUCUUGGCAGUAUAAACAAUUAAAUGAGAUGACAUUGUUAUAGUGCUACAGUGUCUCUUUAAGAUUAAUGACCGCAUUAUCUAUGUCGGUCUUGCUUUAGUUGUUCUUUCAGGUAUUGGGAACAGGUGCUAUUCAACUAAAGCUUUCUCAAGGAGGUUCAAUGGGGUUAUAGAUGCACAAGCGCUAGACAUAAAUAGAUUCAAUCUAGCUCAGUUCCCCUAGGGCCGUCACAUAUUUAAAUGUAAUUUUGUUCAAUACACUCUGCACCAAGGAAUGAAGAUCUGUAGAGCUUUUGUUUGGUUUCUUCUGGAUAAACUGUAGUACAGUCAGUUACCCAUUCUCACCUGUUUCAGAUUUGGACUUGGCGAUAGAAUGUCCAUGUCCUCAUUCUAAAUGUUUUUCUUAUAGACAUACUUUGCCCAUCUUGCUGAAAUAGAAAAGAUUUUAUCCAUAAUUUAAUAGAGAUACUGAUAUUAAAUAUUUACAUUGUAGCCACUAGAUUUUGUGCUCUACUCUCUGUCUACAAUUACGAGCAAAAAUACUCAUAAGUGAAUAAAAGCCAAUGUAACAUGUAUGCUUUCUUCUGUCCUCACUGUUUCACAGUUCCUUUCAAUUCCUUUAUGUUCUCCAUCAACCAGCAAUAUUUUUACUGACCUCAUAUUCCAUAAUUCAUAUUCUCAUUAACGCAAUUAGCCGAGUGUGUCUUUCUGGCACACUCAGCUGCUCCCAUCACUGGAAGAGAUACCUAGAACUGGCCACUAGCUGUCCAAAUGGACUGAUGUUUGCAACCAAACCCAAGUACAUUUUGGCAUAAAAAAUCAUCAAUAUUGGAUGCUUAAACUCAAGUCAUAUAUUGUGACCAAGAUGGUUAAAAGUGAAACAUCGCAUUUAGACUAAAAAUACACAGUUUGUAAUGAUGUAUAUUGAUGUUCAAUGCCUCCAAGCCAUAUCAAAAUCUGACAGAUUAAAAUGUUUUAUACAUUCCUAUUCUCUGUUUUACAGGUACUGCUUCUGGAACUGUCCCAACAUCCGUUUUAUCCUACUCUGAUUACAUAUCGAGGCCUGAGGAGCACAACAGCGUUUUGAGAUUUGAUAAAGGCGAGAAGGAGAAAUUGUGCCGUGUGGUUAUUAUUGAUGAUUCACUUUACGAGGAGGCAGAAUUCUUCAAUGUUUCUUUGAGUAUGCCAAUGGGUGGAAGGAUUGGUGCUGAGUUCCCUUCAACUCAGAUCAUUAUUUUACCAGACAAAGAUGACGGUAAGGACAAUUUAGAAAAAUGACCAGCUAAUAUAAUAUUGAAACAUAUUCCUUUAAUUUCUGAAGACUAUUAGUUCCCUGGAUAUUGACAUUGCUCUACUAAUAACACUGCAUCAGAGAAUGCUAUAUGAGCAAGUAAGUAGUGGGUGAAUGUUUAAAAGUAAAUGCAAAACAUUUGAUUUAGAUGUAAUCUUAGAGUAACCUUUCCUGCUUUAGGAGUGUUCCAAUUAAGAUGUAAGUUUAUUUUAUAAUAGUGGUCAGUAGUUUCUGAACUGGCUGCACUGAAAACGGUGAAAUACAUUUAAAAACAAACACUCUACGUUACUGAUUAACAUAGUCGGAGAUGGUUGAUUUCUGGAACCUAAUGGGUUUGUUUCUUGCAUGUGCCAGAAAAGGGUGUCUGUUAAUGGAAAAUAUACAGGGAGUGCAGAAUUAUUAGGCAAGUUGUAUUUUUGAGGAUUAAUUUUAUUAUUGAACAACAACCAUGUUCUCAAUGAACCCAAAAAACUCAUUAAUAUCAAAGCUGAAUAUUUUUGGAAGUAGUUUUUAGUUUGUUUUUAGUUUUAGCUAUGUUAGGGGGAUAUCUGUGUGUGCAGGUGACUAUUACUGUGCAUAAUUAUUAGGCAACUUAACAAAAAACAAAUAUAUACCCAUUUCAAUUAUUUAUUAUUACCAGUGAAACCAAUAUAACAUCUCAACAUUCACAAAUAUACAUUUCUGACAUUCAAAACAAAACAAAAACAAAUCAGUGACCAAUAUAGCCACCUUUCUUUGCAAGGACACUCAAAAGCCUGCCAUCCAUGGAUUCUGUCAGUGUUUUGAUCUGUUCACCAUCAACAUUGCGUGCAGCAGCAACCACAGCCUCCCAGACACUGUUCAGAGAGGUGUACUGUUUUCCCUCCUUGUAAAUCUCACAUUGGAUGAUGGACCACAGGUUCUCAAUGGGGUUCAGAUCAGGUGAACAAGGAGGCCAUGUCAUUAGAUUUUCUUCUUUUAUAUCCUUUCUUGCCAGCCACGCUGUGGAGUACUUGGACGCGUGUGAUGGAGCAUUGUCCUGCAUGAAAAUCAUGUUUUCUUGAAGGAUGCAGACUUCUUCCUGUACCACUGCUUGAAGAAGGUGUCUUCCAGGAACUGGCAGUAGGACUGGGAGUUGAGCUUGACUCCAUCCUCAACCCGAAAAGGCCCCACAAGCUCAUCUUUGAUGAUACCAGCCCAAACCAGUACUCCACCUCCACCUUGCUGGCGUCUGAGUCGGACUGGAGCUCUCUGCCCUUUACCAAUCCAGCCACGGGCCCAUCCAUCUGGCCCAUCAAGACUCACUCUCAUUUCAUCAGUCCAUAAAACCUUAGAAAAAUCAGUCUUGAGAUAUUUCUUGGCCCAGUCUUGGCGUUUCAGCUUGUGUGUCUUGUUCAGUGGUGGUCGUCUUUCAGCCUUUCUUACCUUGGCCAUGUCUCUGAGUAUUGCACACCUUGUGCUUUUGGGCACUCCAGUGAUGUUGCAGCUCUGAAAUAUGGCCAAACUGGUGGCAAGUGGCAUCGUGGCAGCUGCACGCUUGACUUUUCUCAGUUCAUGGGCAGUUAUUUUGCGCCUUGGUUUUUCCACACGCUUCUUGCGACCCUGUUGACUAUUUUGAAUGAAACGCUUGAUUGUUCGAUGAUCACGCUUCAGAAGCUUUGCAAUUUUAAGAGUGCUGCAUCCCUCUGCAAGAUAUCUCACUAUUUUUGACUUUUCUGAGCCUGUCAAGUCCUUCUUUGACCCAUUUUGCCAAAGGAAAGGAAGUUGCCUAAUAAUUAUGCACACCUGAUAUAGGGUGUUGAUGUCAUUAGACCACACCCCUUCUCAUUACAGAGAUGCACAUCACCUAAUAUGCUUAAUUGGUAGUAGGCUUUCGAGCCUAUACAGCUUGGAGUAAGACAAGAUGCAUAAAGAGGAUGAUGUGGUCAAAAUACUCAUUUGCCUAAUAAUUCUGCACUCCCUGUAUACAUAAGUCCUCAGAAUUCUACUUUAAAUAUCAGACUCUACUUGGAAAAUCCCAUUCAUUCCAAUUAAGUCACAGCAAUGUACAGUUAUAAAUCAUGAGAUAUACUGGUACCUGAUCUAGGUUUUAGCUUACAUAUCAUAUAAAAAAAACAUGGAUGGAUAUUCUUGAUGCCGCUAAAAUAUCAAAAAACACUAUCAAUAAAACAAUAUUCUACCACUAAAGACAACCACAUAUUUUUCCAGUGAAGUUAGUGGGAUGCAAUUUGUCAUAACAGCCCCCCUUGUCUGGGGAUUGUCACGGCUUACCUUAUUUGGAGUCCGAAGUGCAGAGAUGUUUGCACACCCUUGCAGAUAAACACAACCCACAGUAACCAGAUAAGAAGCUACCUGGGCUGUGAAUCUGUGCACGGGGGCUUAGGCAGGAACAGUAACUGGGUAUGUGGAAACAGACAAGGGCAAAUCCAGAAGAGUAGUCAGACACGGUUCCAAAAGUCAGGGCAAGCAGUGAACAGGCAAUAACGAAUAAUCCAAACAGAAAGGGUCACAAGCCAAGUCAGUCUUAGGAAACAGGAUACAAGAAACAACGAACUGACAAUGUUCUCAGGGAGGGGCAGUGUUUUAUGCUCAGGUAAUGAGUGAACUGCCUCAGGUGAACUUAGAUGGACAGGUAGGAGCCACUGGUGAUGUCCAGCCCCCUAGUUCUGCAGACAAUGCCAGGAAAACAAUGUUAGAAUCAAAGUUCAGAAGUGCCUCAGAGGCAGGAUCUUGGGCUUAGGAUGCAGAAGGCACCAGGUGCAGAUCCCUUGUUGGGCACUUCUGGGGCGACCACUUCUCGCUGUCUGGAUGGCACGGUGAGAACCGUGACAGGAAUGGGGGUAGUCUUUCCAUGGAAGUCUUAGCAUUUCUUCAUUAAAACAUAUAGGAAGUGCUAGUGUAGUAUAGAUUUAAGGGUAAGUCAAAUGUCCAAUCUUGCUUCGUCAUGUGAAAGUCUAUGUCUACUUUUCAGGAAAGCAGAGAUCAUGCUUACAUGAUACAUGCCACUGUCUGUUGCAUUUGAUUUUAUAUAUCUAUUUAUUUAAUAUUUUUCCUUCUUAAACCUAGCAAUGUAUGGAAAUGUAUAAAGACUCUUGUAAGCUAUCCACUGACAUAUUUAUGUAUAUAGCAAGCAUAUGUAUUUAAAGUAACCAUAACAUUUAUCCUUAUGCUUGACAGAUUGAUUAAUGAACUCUACCAGUAUCUGUAAUUUGCACACACACUGAUGACGUGGGAGCUAAUGUAACUUCUGAAAGACCUCAUUUACUUUCUCUUUACUCUUUACUUCAACUCUACUCCCACUAAAUGUAUCCUACAGAGUCAGCAAAUAACUCAUACUCACAGCAAAGUGAAUAUCCCGGAGGAGGAGACCGUUCAAGAUGCUAUAGGAAGGGUUUUCAUUAGUAAAGAUGACAACAGAAAUUGUGCUGCUGAUUAAACAUGAGCAGUGAGGUGUACAAUAAGUAAACACAAUUAUUGGAAAUGUAUACAGGCAUUUACUAUCCCUGCAAUGUGAGGUCAGCUGAAGAAGAAACCUCUAGUGAUUAGCAAUGCGUAAUGCAAGACAAUUUCACUAAGUGCUAGUGUCCUGUGUGAUAUACAAGUAGGGGGUAGACUCUGGUAUUUGUGCUUAUGUGUGACUGGCAUGCGUUCCUCCAGAGUAUCUCUAUUUAGGAUGAACAACCCUAUUUUUGGACCGAAAUCCCUCUGCCCCUCAUUUAUUAUCCUGAUUUCCUAUGAGGUUCCUAUUGCUGGUGUGUCUGUGUAAAACAGAGCUCCAAAUGUUUAAUAUUAAGAGAAAUGGGUCUUUAAACUACAGUAAAUGUGUUAGAAAUCAGUCUGUUUAAAUAAGAUAUAUUGUUAUUGUUCUAAAUUGCAUUUUAGUUGCAUAAGUUGCUGUAAGUCAUAUAAAAUUUCUCAGAACAGCCCCACACCUGGCCCCCCACCCACACGUUAAAUUUAAAGUGUCCCUCUUUGACCAUUUGAAAUGUUGGGAGCUAUGGAAAUGUAAAUCCAUCUCUAGUUAAAUUUUAUUUUAAAGACAAACUGUUUUUUAUUAUUGUUUUUCAAAAGAGCACAUGUAAUAUGGCAUCUGUGUUUUUCGCAAUGAAUACAUAUGAGACAAUGUUUGCUUUAAGUGCAUAUCCUGCUUUACCCAUACUCUGGUAUGGCUAUCAUGAUGUUCUCUUAGAUCAAACACCACAUAGCAAAGGACCAACACAAUGAAUCACAUAAAAAACAUUUCAAAGCAUGUUUUUGAGAUACCCAGAUGAUUAUGGUCAGAUAAGUGUUGCUCCUGAAGAGAAUGUAAAGAUGGCUGCAGCAGUCAGAACAAAGGUAAGCCAAGUUCUUAACUAAGAAGUGGCACUUAGAUAUACACUAAUCAGCAACAAAUGGACUCCACAAAACCUCUGAAUGUGUUCUGUGGUAUCUGGUAACAAGACAUUAGCAGCAGAUUCUAUAAGUCUUGCACAUUGUGAGGUGGGGCCUCCAAGGAUCAGAUUUGCUAUUGUAGCACAUCCCACAUCGGAUUGAGGUUUCUCAUGUUCCUGAAACCUAUUCUGAACACUUUUUGCAGUGUGGCAGGGUGCAUUAUCCUUGAAAGAGGCCAGUGCCAUCAGGGAACACCAUACCCAUCAAUGGGUGUACAUGGUUUGCAAAAAUCUCUAGGUAGGUGGUACAUGUUAACAUCUACAUGAGUGCUGGACCCAAUGUUUCCCAGAAGUACAUUACUCAGAGCAAUAUACUGCCUCCACUGGCCUGCCUUCUUCCCAUAAUGCAUCCUGCUGUCGUCUUUUCUCCAGGUAAACGACAAACACAAACCCAGCCAUCCAUGUGAUUCAUCAGACCAUACAACUUUCUUCCAUUGCUCCAUGGUCCAGGUCUGAUGCGCUUGUCCCCAUUUAAGGUGCUUUCAGUGGUGGACAGGAGUCAUAAUAGGCAGUCUGGCCAGUCAGCGGCUACACUGCUCCAUGCAGCACUGGGAGGCACUGUGUGUUCUGAUACCUUACUAUCAUGGCCAGCAUUAAUUUUAAGCAAUAUGAGCUCUUCUUUGUGAUUGGACCAGACAGGUUAGCCUUCACUCUCCUGAUGCCGGUUCACUGGUUGCCCUUCCUUGCACCACUUUUGGUAGCCACUAAUCACUGCAUACUGGGAACAUGCCACAAGACGUGCCAUGUUGGAGAUGCUCUGACCCAGUUGUUUAACUACCACUAUUUGGCCCUUGUCAAAGUCACUCAGAUUGCCCAUUUUCUUGCUUUCAACACAUAGAAUGUGACGGCAGAUAAGAACCAUUCAUCCCAACUAGUCUGCCCACUAUUUGGCCCUUGUUAAAGUCACUCAGAUUGCCCAUAUUCUUGCUUUCAACACAUAGAAUGUGACGGCAGAUAAGAACCAUUCAUCCCAUCUAGUCUGCCCAAUUUUCUAAAUACUUUAAUUAGUCCCUGGCCUUAUCUUAUAGUUAGGAUAGCCUUAUGCCUAUCCCACACAUGCUUAAACUCCUUUACUGUGUUAACCUCUUCAGCUGGAAGGCUAUUCCAUGCAUCCACUACCCUCUCAGUAAAGUCCCCUUCCUGAUAUUAUUUUUAAACCUUUGGCCCUCUAAUGUCCUCUUGUAGUGGUAGUUUUUUUUUCUUUUAAAUAUAGUCUCCUCCUUUACUGUGUUGAUUCCCUUUAUGUAUUUAAAUUUUUCAACCAUAUCCCCCCUCUCUCGUGAAAUGUACACAUGAAAUUCAAUAUCUGACUAUUCACUUGCUUCCUAAUACAUCACAACCCUUGACAGGUGCCAUUGCAAUGAUAUCAACUGUUAUUCAUUCCACCUGUCAGUGGUUUUAAUGUUGCGGCUGAAAAAUUUAUAUAUGCAUUGCUAAAUAACACACAUAGGCUUUAAUACCUGCAAUCUUUUCUUUUAAAUAAUAAUGAAAAAUUAUUACAGUUUUCAUCUCAUUCCCUCUGAAUCCUAAUGAUUUAUUAAAGCUUAAGUCUUAUAUUUAUAAUAUAUGGUUUAUCUUUUAAAAUCUAAUAACUUGCAUUUCUAACUUGUAUUUUUGGUUGUUACGUGUUAGAUUUAUUUUUAUAAAAAUCUUCCUAUCAGUCCCUGAAUUUCCUUUUUUUUCUUAAGGUCAUUUGCAUCAGCUACAUUUGUUAUCAUUAUUUUGAUCAUACUAUUUGAAUGUAUUUUUUUUUUUUAUUAUAAAUUUUUUUUUGUUUCUUUUGCUAAUAGUGAGACUUUUGUUUGAACAAAUUAAACAUGAGAUUUUAAUGAACAGUCUAUAUUACGUUGAGAAGGAAGGAAGUGGGAGAGAUAGUGAAGCAGGUGCCAUUAACAUUUCUGUUUACGCUAUCAACCCUUUCAAUGGAUGGACAUGUGCCAAAUAAAGCGAACAACCCACAGACUUUUUGGCAACCUUUGAAGACAGGGAAACCCAAGGACAGUCUUAAGCACAUUUGAAUUAACAUUUGUUACAUAAAUUGCACUGUAAAAUGCUUUGGCUACAGUGUAGUAGAAUUUUGAAUGAAUGUUAAUUCCAUUAAAGUCUACUGAUUGAAAGUACGGAAUAUCCCAAUGGUUUCACACCAUGGUGUGGGUGGUAUGUUCAUAUCUUCAGCUUUUACAAUAGAUACAUUUUGCUUUUGUAACUUCCUUGGCUAGCCCAGAGUAAAGACCUUUGUAUUUUGUUAAGACGUUAGGCAAACAUGUAAGGAACUGGAGCAGAUUAAAUAGUCUUCUGAAGUCUCUGACAGGUGUAGUAUUAUUUAACCUUGUUAUCUUUGCCAACACACAGGAACACAGUGCUUCCUCACUCAAAAGUAUUUUCAAGAAGGGAAACUCUCAUGAUCUAAGUUUUUUUGUUUAUUAUCACAGAUUUGACCUAAGUAUAUUUAAAUGUCUUGGUAUACAUCUAUAAUUUUUCAGUGUAUGUAUCAAACUGCAUUAAUUGUAUAAUGAGACUGAGUGUGUUUGUGUGUGUGUGUGUGUGUGUGUGUGUGUGUGUGUGUAUAUAUGUAUAUAUAUAUUUAACACAUACAUGAUCCAGCGUACUCAGUCAUUCACUAAAGAGCAAUUUCACGUCUCACAGAAUGUAAUAGUUUUUUUUUUAAACACCUCACCUAGGCAAAAAUAAUGGGGGUUUAGUUACAGUAUUUGAUCUUACCGUGCAUAAGCCUGCCAAAAUACUAAAGUACCCCAUUUUUGGCUGGUCCUAUUCUAGCAGCCUAAUGCCUGAGAUUAAUCUUGGAAAAUGCUUCUUCCUGGCACUCUCUGCAAAGCAAGCUUAAAUAGAGGCAUGGAAUGAAGCACCUGUAGCAAGGAGGGGUAAAAAAAAUAAGAAGUUGGCCUUGACUCCCAAAUAUAUUUGAGUUAAGUAUAUUUUAAAUGUCUUGGUUUAAAAUUAUAAUUUUUCAGCGUAUGUAUUGUAGAAUGAGACUGUUUUUUGGUUCCUUCUAAAUUGUUGUCCUCUAAUAGUCAAGGAUAAAGUGACAUCAAAGCAUAUGCCUCAGAAGUAGCACAAUGUCCUCAAUGUGGACCCCACCAUUGAUCAUUCAGACUUCCUCUCUCUUCUUUUUAGAAUAAGGUUUUUGCUUUUUUAUGCUAUAUCACUGCUCAGAUGGCCAUAAACCUCCAAAGUAAAUACCUCUCUGUCAUAAUGUCAACUUGUAUUUGGGACUGAUUCAUUUUUUAAGCAUGUCACAGCAUCAGACACAUGCCAAUGUGGCAUCUUACCAUGCCACUUCAGUCCGCCUCCCUUGCCGGUUGAACACCGUUCACUGUACACUGUAGCUCCUAUAUAGCUCCUCCUCCCCUAAUCUAGUUAGUGACGCAUAUGUGUUUGCUUUAAUGAUGCGCAUGCACAUUUGGCACCAUAUGAACAGAACUGACCAAUCACUGACCUAGUAGGGCCAUUUAAACGUAUUACAUGUUUUUUUUAACUCCGUUGUGGUUUUUAUUUACUGUUUAUCUGAAAGUGUGUUUAUUUUAUAUUUUUUAUCACUGAUUGGCUAUUCUCAACUUGGCUUGUGUUUGACUAUUCAAAUUAAUGUUAUCCUUGACCUGUGGCUUGUCUUAUCAUAUUCAUCUCACCAACAAGCUUCUGUAUGCCACAGCAACUGUGCUCCUCCAACAGCCUGACUACAAACUCAGGCUGAUAGAGAAACAAUGAAAACUAUGGAGACUAAGACUUAAAGCCAAGAAAAAGUCAACAUGUGAGGAAGUUAGUAAGCUGGAUCAACUUCACAGACCGGAAAGGUCAAGGAUAGAUCCUGACUACUGAGGAAAUACAAGGGUAUGCCCAUGUCAUAACCUUUAGAAACAGCUAAGCAGAGUCUGACAGCACUGAAAACCAGACUGAGUAAAUACACCAGAGAAGCAGAGUCUAAAAGAAUGAAUGCUCUAUUUACCAAAGACCCAUGAAGGUAUAGGCACAGCUGCAUUGUAACAGCAUAUACAGUCAGGUCCAUAAAUAUUAGGACAUCGACACAAUUCUAAUCUUUUUGGCUCUAUACACCACCACAAUGGAUUUGAAAUUAAAUGAACAAUAUGUGCUUUAACUGCAGACUUUCAGCUUUAAUUUGAGGGUAUUUACAUCCAAAUCAGGUGAACGGUGUAGGAAUUACAACAGUUUGUAUAUGUGCCUCCCACUUUUCAAGGGACCAAAAGUAAUGGGACAAUUGGCUGCUCAGCUGUUCCAUGGCCAGGUGUGUGUUAUUCCCUCAUUAUCCCAUUUACAAGGAGCAGAUAAAAGGUCCAGAGUUCAUUUCAAGUGUGCUAUUUACAUUUGGAAUCUGUUGCUGUCAACUCUCAAUAUGAGAUCCAAAGAGCUGUCACUAUCAGUGAAGCAAGCCAUCAUUAGGCUGAAAAAACAAAACAAGCCCAUCAGAGAGAUAGCAAAAACAUUAGGUGUGGCCAAAUCAAUUGUUUGGAACAUCCUUAAAAAGAAAGAACGCACCAGUGAGCUCAGCAACCCCAAAAGUCCCGGAAGACCACGGAAAACAACUAUGGUGGAUGACCGAAGGAUUCUUUCCCUGGUGAAGAAAACACCCUUCACAACAGUUGGCCAGAUCAAAAACACUCUCCAGGAGGUAGGUGUAUGUGUGUCCAAGUCAACAAUCAAGAGAAGACUUCACCAGAGUGAAUACAGUGGGUUCACCACAAGAUGUAAACCAUUGGUGAGCCUCAAAAACAAGAAGGCCAGAUUAGAGCUUGCCAAACAACAUCUUAAAAAGCCUUCACAGUUCUGGAACAACAUCCUAUGGACAGAUGAGACCAAGAUCAACUUGUACCAGAGUGAUGGGAAGAGAAGAGUAUGGAGAAGGAAAGGAACUGCUCAUGAUCCAAAGCAUACCACCUCAUCAGUGAAGCAUGGUGGUGGUAGUGUCAUGGUGUGGGCAUGUAUGGCUGCCAAUGGAACUGGUUCUCUUGUAUUUAUUUGAUGUGACUGCUGACAAAAGCAGCUGGAUGAAUUCUGAAGUAUUUCGGGCAAUAUUAUCUGCUCAUACUCAGCCAAAUGCUCCAGAACUCAUUGGACGGCGCUUCACAGUGCAGAUGGACAAUGACCCGAAGCAUACUGCAAAAGCAACCAAAGAGUUUUUUAAGGGAAAGAAGUGGAAUGUUAUGCAAUGGCCAAGUCAAUCACCUGACCUGAAUCCGAUUGAGCAUGCAUUUCACUUGAUGAAGACAAAACUGAAGGGAAAAUGCUCCAAGAACAAGCAGGAACUGAAGACAGUUGCAGUAGAGGCCUGGCAGAGCAUCACCAGGGAUGAAACCCAGCGUCUGGUGAUGUCUAUGCGUUCCAGACUUCAGACUGUAAUUGACUGCAAAGGAUUUGCAACCAAGUAUUAAAAAAUGAAAGUUUGAUUUAUGACUGUUAAUCUGUCCCAUUAAUUUUGGUCCCUUAAAAAGUGGGAGGCACAUAUACAAACUGUUGUAAUUUCUACACCGUUCACCUGAUUUGGAUGUAAAUACCCUUAAAUUAAAGCUGAAAGCCUGCAGUUAAAGCACAUCUUGUUUGUUUGUUUUUUCAAAUCCAUUGUGAUGGUGUAUAGAGCCAAAAAGAUUAGAAUUGUGUCGAUGUCCCAAUGAUUAUGGACCUGACUGUACACGCUAGUCAUCAGGUAGCCACGAGCAUAGCUGGGCACCAUGGAUAUCAAGAACCAGGAACUACUCACUGUAAAUGGAAGACUCCAUCCAAAAUCCAGCACCAAGAGACUGUACACCAGCCAGAAGGACAGAGAUUGGGGCAUCAUGAGAAUUCUCAAGUGCCCCACAAUACCUGAAUAACCCAGAUCAGCAAGCUGCUAAAACUGUGACUCUUAUAGAGCUGGUCAAGCUUGCUGGUGAUCAAUUAAUCAGGGGAAUUUGAUUAGCAGCACCUGUCUGCUACUUAGAGUCUUACUUCCUAUGGAAGUCGUAAGGGUUUAUUUUUUCACACAUGGCUUCUCCAUUUUGACUUUAUUUUUGUUAAAUAAAUCAUGACACAGUGCAAUAUGUCAUGUGUUGUUGUUCAUCUUGGGUUGUAUUUACCUAAUUUUAAGGCCUGCUAAGGAACUGAUGAUUGUUAUUAUGUAUUGAUAUGUAAAACUAGUAAUAAAAACUAGUAGCAGUCAUAAUAAAACGGACUGUAUAAGAAAAGACAACAACUGAUCUAUUUCAUGGUUCGCUACAGAAUACUUCAGAUAUAACACCUGGGAUUUUCGAUUGAAAAGAGCAAAUAGACUUGAUAACUUCUGCAAUUUUAGUUUACUCUGAGAACUGAGAAUGUCCUGCAGCUUUAUGAGUGCCAAUCUAGUAGUUCCUCAACCAUCACUUCGAUACUGUACCAGUGUGUGACUACAAAUUCCUAGAAGAUUGCUUUCAUACUACUCAUAUUCUACUUGUGUCAGAUGUGCAUUCGAUCAUAAGGGAACACUUCAGAAUUGAUGUGACCCAUUUUUUACAUUAAAAAAAACUGCUUGAAACAAAGUACCUAACAAGGGAUUUUAAUAGCACGAAGAGAGAGGAAGGAUGGAGAGUGUACUUCAGUCACAGUAUGGUUCAAAGUAAUUUAAACAUCGAGAUGGAUAGAAUUUAUCAUAAGCGAAGUAACUGGAUUAUAUGAAAUUGUGUUUUGUAUGGAGACAAACUUGACAAAACGACCACAGAAGCACAUCUUUAAGCUGUGUGUUGUGUCACAUUUGAGUUGUUACUAUGGAGCUGACAAUAUCUAUUGAUUUGGCUUCCUGGAAGGCAAUUGUCUGCCCAGGUGGAAUAUUAGCCUCUGACAGCUUAAAUAACCAUCUCAGACAGGGUGAAAGGUACUUUUGACAUGUGUUGGAGGCUGAAUGUACAUAUGCCUCUAUUUUUAGAAUGGCUUGCACAGUUGUCCAGUGUACUAGGAAAGGAGGUUUGGUUGUAGGUUGGUGGAAUAGCAUAGAUGCAGGCUAAAUUGGUGGUAAUUUUGGGAUCAUUUUGAGGUUAUAUAUUAGUUCAGGAAGCACCAUCAUUCAAAAAUCCAAACAGGUAUGUAGUAGUGUAUCUUCCCAUAUAGCAAGCAUAACUUGCCACAAACUAGUAGCAGGUUUCAAUCAAAAGUCUUUUUAAGAGGCAUUAUAGUCACCCAAACAACUAUAGCUUAAUGUCCCUACAUGCUUUUUAAUGCAAACACUGCCUUUUCAUAGAAAAGUUUACAUAAACUUAAAAUGUAAAGUGUUUACAUUACUGUCUAGUAACGCCUCUAGGGGCAGUCGCUCAGGCAGCCACUAGAGAUGCUACCUGGAUGAGUGCUGCCCAAUGUGCAGCACUGACAUACAGCUUCCCUACACUCUGAACAUUAAUUUUAUUAAAACAUUUUUGACAAUCUUUAUUUUCAUUUAAGUCAGAUGAACAAGAUUUUCUUGAAUACAUUUCACAUUGUUGCUGACAUAGGCACUUAGUAUGGCAAUAAUAAACAAUGUAGGUUUUAUGUUUAUUAAAUCCAGCUAGUUCAAUGAGCAAUAAAAGGUCAGUGAAAAUGGAGACAUAUAACAUCAAUGCUAUAUGUUUAGAGUAAUGGCCUUUGUUUUCUAUAUCUAUGCCCUCUCAUCCAACUAAUGUCUCCAGUAAAAGUUGACAUUAAUGUACCUCUGUCUACCUAAAUCAGUCUGGUAUGUAGUCGGGUGAGAGGGUCUGAAUACUAAUGGAAUAAGAAAUAGGGAAUAGAAAGAGAUGAGGGAGAAAAAAUAGGGGGGGAGCCUUAGAGAGGCUGUGGGCAUCUCCAUAUCAUAUAUCUCCUCAACUCGGGCCAUCCACUAAUGGAGUGUGGGCAACACAGGACAUCAUUAUUGGCUUGGGAUUAAACAUUUUGCCGCAUUUACCAUUGGUAAAGGCUGGAAUGGAAUAUCGGAAUCUAGAGUCUCUUUGAUUUAGGUGAGGAUUUCUCUCCAGUAUGGCACCAGUUGUCCACAUGACCACCAUAUGUGUAAGCCAGAACCCCCUUCAUCUACGCCUCUCCAACAGAGUUAGGCUAAUGGAGGUGGUAGAUGGUAUGGAAACAAGGUAAGUAGCCUGAGAAAAUGCUAAUUCUCCAUUACAAGACAUGGAAAAAGAAACAGUUUUGGUAUUUAUUAUGUUAAUAAUUAUAUUUAACUCUUGUUUAGCAAUGGGCAACAGGUUCACUUUAACAUUCUUUCAUGACCCAUCAAUCUAUUAUUGUUACAGUGAAAGAAGAAAAGAUAUGGUAAACAACUGCAUUCAGUUAUAUGUCAAUACAUAGAUUGAAAGGUUGGAUUUCUAAAUUUAAAGGAAUGCUCUGGUCCCCUAAAGCACUUCAGCUUGCUAAAAUGCUUAAUAUGUGAAGAGUGUGUCCUCUUUUUUUUCAUUUUACAAUAAGUGCAGAUUUCAGUAGAAAUUGACCUUUAAUAAAAUUAACCUUGUUACACUCCCCACCCCCACCCCCUAGCUUGGAGUCAUUGGACCUUCUAACAAGACAAUGAUCCCAAGCAUACAUCAACUUCCACCAAACCUUGGUUGAAGAUGUCCUGGAAAAUUCUACAGUGGCCAUCACAGUCACCUGGCUUGAAGCCAAUAUACAAUCUUUUGUAGGAUUUGAAGUAGGCGGUUGCCACACGCAAACCCAAGUAUAUAGCUGAACUAGAGGCCAUUGCUCAUGAGCAGUGGGCUAAGAUUCCUCAGGAAGGCUGCCAGAAGCUACUGUCUGGCUAUGUAUCUUGUUUUCAGCGGGUCAUAACAGCAAAAUGGUGCUCUACUAAGUACUAAAGAUGCUUGCCAUGAAGGGAUUGAAUAAUUUUGAGACUGGAGAAGUUAUAGGUUGCAUGUUCAGUUGAAUGUGGGAAAACCACUUGAAGCAUUUGUAGAGUUGAGGUAUUUGUUUUGAUUUGAUUUGUUCAUUGCGAACAGCUAGACGUCUGUAAAUUUUUACAAUGAUUUUCAAUGAGAAACCUGAUUUUCAAUGAGAGUUGAAUAAUGUUGAUUACAACUGUGUAUGUAUGUGUAUAUUGAUGUUGAUACCAAUAGAGUGUGCUAUACAGGCUCCAUAGCCAAAUCCACUUUGUUGGUAAGCAGCAUCAGCAGGACAGGAGAGCACACAAAAAAAUUAACAAUAUACAAACACCUUAUAAACACCCUGCACCUAUAAUGGGCACAGGGUGACCAUUUUGGUGCUGUGUUAUAUUGCUAAAGUGAAAUGUAUUUUGUAGGUUAAGUUAUCUUCAGUACAGGAGAUGCCAGGGCCGUAUUGUCACAUACAUAUAUAUAUGAAUUUAUGGUGUUGCAUUGCAGAAAAAAUGCAAUAUGUAAUUUAAUGUGUUAAUUUUGUUGUAGUGAAGUAAAGUUAAUAAGAUUAAACGUUUUAAAACAAACGUUUUAUUCAUUUUGAGAUUAAGAUGGCUUCUUUGCAGUGAUUUUUAAAGUUUACUCCUGGCAGCAUGUUACUAGACUAGAUAAAUGUCCCAGGAGUUUUCUUUGUCUGAUAGCAGCAGAUCACUGGACUGUAAUCACUUACAGCGUGAGUUCUGUCCUCCCUGGAAUCCCUCUGUAACAGAACUCAUGACUCCCAAUCACCUGUCUUCACACAGGCUCCAAAAUGAUUACAAAAUGGCUGCCAGUACCAGAGUGAAGAACACACAGCACUGAGACCAAAAUUAUGCCACAGCAAACUCUGUGGUUGGAAGACUAUAUUUCACAUAAAGUUUGAAAUUAAAAUUUUGCAGCAGACUUGCAGCAAAUAUGUAAAGUAAGCUUAUCGGGGACUUUCAAUGCAGACUUGAUACAAAGGUGCAACGAAGUUUUGAAUCUAGCAAUAGCUUUGCAACUAAUUUUCAAAUGUGCAGCUAAUUUAUUUGCAAUCUGGGUUGGCAAUUCAAGCAGUGUUUUUCAUGGCACGGGGUAUGUCUCUUUGUUUUUGUUGUAGCAAUGGUGCGUGAAGAGAAUUGUUAUUGCUUUGGAAAUAAAACACAACCAUGACCUCAUUCUCAAUUAUAGAGGAUGAUGAAUACGUUUACUUUGAUUAAUAGGAAAAUGAUAGGGUAGGAAUAUCACAUAUACAGGAAUGGGGAUUCUGUCUCAAGCAAAUGGAGAAAGUGGUCAAAAAGGACAUGAGCCUUGCAUUUGAGCUUGAUAAAAGGUUACACCAUUACCCUGACCAGUGACAUGAGGCACUUCCAGUUAGCGUUGUCAUUCAGGGAUAGGUGUGUUAUGUAUAAUGCAUUAGACAACAGGUGUCAACUCCAGAUAGUAUGACCAUGAGUGAUACCUGUCACUGGAAAAUAAUUCCUAAGAGCUCAGGUCAAACCCUGAACAUUCUCAACAAUGUGGAUUUUAUAUACAAAUGUGAUUUAUUUUAUCAUGCAACACGUUGCAUUUCGAGCAUGUAUUUGUAUGAGAAUUGGCACAUAGUGUGUAAUUUGGGCUUUUUCCUGAUUUCAGGGGAAGACUGGAAUCAUACAGGGUUUUUAACUAAACUGUGAAUUCUUGGGAAUUGUCCACAUAAAUAUCUAUGGAAUGCUAAAUGUUGGGCCAAAUUUGUCUGUUCUGGCUUAAUAUAUUUGCAAUUGAUGAUUGUAUGAGUUCUAUAAACCUGUAAAUCACCCUGAGAUUGGUUUACAAAUUGCCUGUAGUGUAUUAACUACAUAGUAAGUUGUUCAGAAUUUAUUGUGGACUUGGAAAAUAUUGUUCCAAAAUAACCAAACUGAAAAAAUAAAAUCUCCAAGUACGCUAUGUUUCCAUGUCAUCAGUUUCAGACUAAAUUGCAAUUACCUAGUAAAUUUCUAGCACUUUAAUGUUUAGUGAAUGGCUAUGUUAGGUAGUUCACCCAUCAGGAAACCAUCCAUGUCUUUCUGUACCGAAUACAUGUAUUUCUCAGAGUACUUAAUAUCGCUAGUAUUACUAUAACGUGUGUGCUUGGAAUGUGCUUUUUGCUCAAUUACAUCCUGCUGGGUGAUGUUGGAACCUCGCAGAGUUCAAUCAUAUACCCUACCAGACGUGUUGAAAUCUCAUACUGUUAGCAGCAAGAUUAACAAUAAAUACACUUCUUCCACAUCAUUCUCAAAUUACCAGUCAUUUUCAUUAUCAGUCAUUUUUAUUACUAGUCGUUUUUAUAUAUUUUUAUAUAUGCCCCCAUCACAAUAAUUGUUCUAUCACUUGUUAUGCUGUAAGCGCACUUUUAAAAAAACAAUUUUUUUAAGGUUUUAGUCACUAAGGUAUUUUAGGUGCUAUUCAGGUAUUGUUGUUUUCACAAACUUUUUUGUGUAUUUACAAAAACAUAGAGUAACUCCUUCACAAUCAGUAAUGUACUGGCACAUCAUAAAACCAGGUUGUAGUCCAAGACCGCUUAAUUAAUUUAAUUGGUAUCCAAAAUCCUCAUUACUUGAGUAGAUACAAUGCUAGGCUGCUGUAAGCAUUCUUUAACAUGUUAUCUGCCAAGAUUUUCACAGAAGACACUUACACUUGGCAAGAAUACUAGUAGAUGUGGAGAAUCAUUUUGAACCCAAUUGCAAUUUGGCCGAAUUUGGGCUGAUUUGUUGUCUAGCCGAAUUCCAAGCUGAAAUAUUCCUCAAUUAUGAACUAACCAAAUGCACAAUGCCGAACAUGUUUGAGAGAGUCAAUAAUCUGAAUUCCACCUGGGACACUAAACAAAGAAUAGAGUGAUGGAGAAAAAAAGAUGGUUCAUGGAUAGAGGACAAUCAUUAACUGUUGUUUUAUUCACAGAUCAAGUUAAAAAAAAAGGAGCAAUAGAGUAUCAGUAAAAUAUAUCAGUAAUAUGUAAUUUUUUUAAUAUACUUUUUUUAUGUAAUACAAUGUUCAAACUAUUUGGUUACAGAUCAGUUGAGAAAAAGUAAGACAAGUAAAAAAUAAACAAAUGAUUAUAUAUAUAUAUAUAUAUAUAAUCAUUUGUUUAUUUUUUUUACUCGUCUUACUUUUUCUCAACUGAUCUGUAACCAAAUAGUGUGAACAUUUUAUUACAUAAAAAAAUGUAUACUAAGAAAAUUUGUCAGAACCAAAAUUUCUCCCCAAUGCGCAAGUCUAAAUACUAGAGUAGCUUUUACUAAGUAACGGUACAUUAACACCUGUUGUUUUAUUUGUUUCGGGAUUUUCUUUUGUCUGUGUUUUUGCUUUUUUGGUUUUUUUUAUCAUGCUUUUCAGUAUCUGAAAUGCCCAACUUUUGGAAUGUCACUUCAAACAACGAUGAUUUUCUACAAUUAUGCUGAAAAUCUUGCACAAAUAAAAAUCAUUUGUGUGACUGUAUAAUCGCUGGCUUAUAUACCUGAACUAGUACUGUCCAAUUUGGAACCUGUGUAUCACAGCCCUGCUUACUUAGGUAUCUUGCUCGGGUUCUACAUAUGUGCAGUUGGUUAGUUGGUGCAGUGACUGGCAUUGCAUGUCAUCGUAACUGUAACUGUGCCUAAAUUAUGUUGUCCCAUUCCUGUAAUCCUGGGAAUAUGGAGAUAUGCAUGUGAUUCUUUUAAAUAAGAGAUACAAUUAUGAUAACUGAAUCAUGGGGAUGGAAGUGGCUACUGAAUCCCUGAGUUCUUAAAAAUGUAGGAGCCCUGCACCCCACUAGCUGCCCCCAGUAAUAAGUUAUCUCAAGUAUCUGCAAUGUAGCAUUGCAUCCUUAUACAUUUUAUCUUUAUUCUGAGAAGCAGCUUGGCAGAGCAAUGGGACAGAGCUAUUCCUACUGCUUCAUUCCAAGUAUUACGGAGCCCUGCUACCAAGUAAUGAUAAAGUGGGCCCUAACACUUUGUGUUUACAAUGUACACCUGAACAUUACAAAAUGCAAACCUGUAUAAAGGAAAUUUUGGAGUCAUGCAUCAUAAAGUUACUAGUGACAGCUUUUAAGAGCAAACAACAUGAUAAUAAUAAUAAUGAAUUGUUAUAGUACUAAAACUUAGUGAAAGAUAGAAGGUGGUAGAUAUCAAUAUCCUCAUAUUGUUUGUAAAGUAUCACCAUAUUUUCUGGCACCUGUUAGACACAGUGUACCCACAAAUAUUCAGAUCUACAUUUGGAGGAUCUAAUCCGUACACUACAAAGUAAAUUUUCUCCAGUCAUUCAUAACUUAGCGCACAGGUGUACAUUACAAAUACAGAAUAGAAGGACGCCAUGUAAAUCCAGUCCUCUGUGUUAGUGUUGAUGCUGACAACUGCUGUGUGUGUGUGCCUAACUAAUUGAUGUGGCAAAACCAAAAUAACUUUAAAGCGGACCUGUCAUCCAAAUAAUACCUUAGUUAUAUUACUACAGCACAAAUAAAUCAGCCAUAUGUUACUGUAAAUUAUUAUUUAUGUAUUUCUAGAUAUCCUUUUAUUCUAACAUAUCUUCUAAUACAAUUUCCCUUUUUUCACGAUUUUUCCCAAAAUACACCAUAAACUCCCUUUCCCGAUUGACUGUUCAUGUUUGCAUAUUUUCCCACUCUUUAUAAGAUACUGUGUAAAAUGUAGCAGAAGGUAAUAAGAGAUUAGUGCCUACAUGUCCAUAAAAAUACUAAGACUGUCUACUAAAAUAAUCUUCUCACCUACAAACAUACAUUUUGUAUGCUUUGUAUUAAUGUAACGUUUCUAUUUGAGGCAGUGAGUAUGUUGAAAACUAAAACAAAUGUACCUUAUUUUGAGUGGAUAUGUCUAGAUUGUAAUUGAUAACCUAAAUGAUUUAUUAGUUUUCCAUUGUAACAUUACUGGUACCCAGCACCAUCUCUCUACAUCUUAAAAGGUUAUGAGCAGUUCACUUGAAUUCUGUAUGUCAUGCACAGGUAGAAAGUAAGGUUACAACAAAACAGUGUUUUUCACAGUAUCGCAAAAUAAAGUGCUUAAAUGGAAAAAAGUGCAUAUGUUUAAUGACACUUUCACUCCUUAAAGAUAAAGUGCUUGAGUGAACUAAGGUGCAUGUAUUUAUAAACUUAACUUCCCUUCUAGCAAUGGAGUUACCCGACAAUCUCCUUAAAUCUUCAAUCAUUACAAGUGCAAUAUAUAGGGUUUGUCCGGCUAGGGGUGACAAGAACAGCACAACAUAGUGCAAACCUGUAUAAUAAAAUAGUGGUUUAUAUUAAGUGCCAAUUGGCCACUCACACUUUAGAGUCAAAUAAAGAGCCUUCAGAAAAUAGUUGAUGUUAAUCUUCUCAAAUCUCUGACUUUAUUGAUGUCAGUCUCCUUCAUGAAGAGAAAAGAUUAAGGGCAACAAAAUAAGAUAACCAUGAAAAUAAAGUGCACAAUGCAAAUGUAUUUACUUACACAGAAGUUAACAGUGGCAGGUGAAACUUGUCACCAAAGAUUCACAGGGUAAGUCCUACGCGUUUCGUCCCAGUUAGGGACUUCCUUGGCGACAGUUUCUCAGGUGAAGACAAAAUACAAAAUACAAAGUGCAUAAAACCCCUCUUCCCUCCCUCCUCCUUAUAAACUAAGGUUAGAUAUGUGUUAUUGUUUACCACAUAUAGACUACAUAUAAAUCAUAGGUUUCAUUAUUUUUGCAUCCACUAAUAAUUCACUAGAACUGUUCUAUUUACUAAUAUAUGCCUUCUCUUAUUUGACGAUUUAUCCUAUCACGUCCUGGGUAAAAGCAGGAGAUUUAUUAUUGUCAUGUGUAGAAGUAGGGGAUUUGUUACCUGCUAAUGGAAGCAUAGUUUCUAUCUCAUUCUCUCUUGAAUACUUCCACAUUUUAGCUAAAAGGGAUAAACGAUAGGUUGAUGACUUGAACAACAUGUAGUCGCUUCAUGAAGGGGCGAAGCAUUGAAAUAUGUUGAUAUUUUUUAGCCGCAAUGAUCUGCCUGCUAUUGGGGCUGAAGCCAACUCUUUAAUGGCAAUCAUGGAAAUUAUCCCUUCAUUUUCAGGAUACUACUUGGCCACAUUCAUACAUAUUGAUCGGCUAUGGUGCAGCUCAUUUUUAGUUCUUGCAUGUUACGGAGUAAAACUGACUUACUCUAGUAGAAUUGUGGCUCUCUGAGGUCACAUUUGCUCCUAUAAAAUGAAUACAUAAUAUAUACAGUUAUUACAAAUUUGAUACAGCUAAGCAAGAAUGUGAAAUGUAACAUUUUCCGAAAACAAAGAGCUAAUCUUGUCUGGUAUUCUUCUUUGGGAAGACGUUACAUGUAGAUUUUUCAUUUCAAUACCUGGCAACACAGAUAGCAAGAUUAAUUUACUAUUUGAUUGUUCAAGUUAUGCCAACAUUGAAGAGAAGAUGAAAGGUGCUAAGAUUACUGCCCAGGACCUCAGAAGCUAAUUUAAACUACAUCAAACAAAACUUCCUUGGCAAUGUAACAAAAGGUUUGCACUCUCUAACUAUAGACUGACUCCAGUAAUGACCUCUCAGUUCAGCAAUAUUUAGUUAGUGUAUUCCAGGAAUUGCCAAGAGGAAGGCUAAUGCGUUUUACAAAUCAGCAACGUUAAUCUUUUAGUUGAUUAAGAAACACAAAAAAAAUCACAAAUGUCCUAUCUGUACUGAUUAUUGUAAAUGUAUUUUACUCCAAUUAGUCCAUCGGAAUGUAAAGCUAUGUAUAUGUCUCAUCUCUCCUGCCUUACAUAAAACAGACAAGACGUUAAGUAGUUUGCAAUAUGUUAAUCUCCGUUAACCCUUUACUGGUGGCGCACUACUUGUUCCGGGCCACUCGUCUUGGCAAGUGGACAGCUGCUUUGUAUUGCUUUAAUUUGCAAGGAAUGUGGAAGCCUUAUUUGCCAAGAUAUCUUGACAGCAAUAGCAGUGUUAUGCAUGCCUAGUUUAAUAAUAUCUCAAGUUAUUUAAUUUGGUUAAAGGGGACCACUUUUACCUCCUUCCGAGCCGACUUUGGACAAGUCCAUUGAAUUGUUGAUGCGCAAUCCAUGGCUUGGUGUUAGCUGUAUUGGUUACAUGUAAGGGUACAUUUACAGAUAACUUUCAAAUGUUGCUGGAAAUUUGCCACAAUGUUGUGGAUAUGUUAUGUUGGUGCAAAGAAUCAUGUGAUUAAGAAUGUUUGUUGUUGUUUUUUUUCUUUUAUCAUUUGAGUCAAAAUGUAAAAAGGUUUAUAGUUUGUUUUCUUUAUUUUAUUCUGUAUAGACCAACAAAUUCUCUCGCCCCCACACACACACGUUCCUACUGCAUGCCAAUCUAUAGAUGUACCCAUGAGGACAUGAAUGAUAAAUCAAUCAUGAAUGGGGUUUAAUGUGUGCUUGUCCAGCUGAAUUUUUUUUCCUUUCUUAACGUAUGUAAUAUAUAUAUAUAUUUUUAAGGAACAUUCAAAGCAGUGUAACCGCUACAGUGUGUCGAGCAAUGUAUUUAUAAAUCUGCAGGAACUUAUUCAGAUCAAAAUCAUUUAGACAUGUUCCUAUCUCAUUUCCAUUUUACCCACUCCUCAGAAUUAACCUUGUUACACACCUAUGGCUGUCAGACAACCGGCCUGUUACUUCCUAGUUGUUUAGCUCAGUGAAGCUAAACUCAGGAGGCGUCAAUUGCCCAGAGCACUUGCCAAUUCCAUCUCAACGAGCUGCAUUGUGAGCCUAUAAUUGGACAGCCACAGAACGUCAGGGCUUGAGAAAAAGUGGAGGGUUUGCAAAGGCUGCAGACAUGAGAUCUGCAGCUUUUGCAAGCUGUUUUAGCUAAACAUCAAAUGGAAAAAAGAAUGAAUAAUUAAAUGCAUUUUUUCAUUGCGGAUACACCUACUAAAUUGUGGGCUUUUUUUUGGUUUUAGUUUGGCAGUGCAGUGCCAUUUUAAAUAAUUGUUAGGGUUUUAUAUAUAUAUAUAUAUAUAUAUAUAUAUAAAGUCCUGUUGUCUCCUUGCACACACACUUCAAUAAUUUUCUGCCUGGUGCUUUCAAGCCAAUGCCAAAAAUAUACAAAAGUAUAGGUAACAGAAGGCAAGCACUCACGGUCUUGUGGUCUCUUUAAAAGGAUUUUCUUUAUUUCAUAGGUUAAAACUUGAUCGACGUUUCAGCCAAACUUGAUGGCUUUCAUCAGGAUCUUAACAACUGUUGUAUAUAUAUAUUAUAGAGUGCAUAGUUUUUGUAUCUUUUAAGGAUAUUCCUGUAGUUGUUUCCUUGAUCUAGUUUUGAGUUUAUAUACUGAACUUUCCACUUCUUGCAAAGCACACAUUCAUAUUUGAAAAUAUAUAUCUUUUAUUGCAGGAAGAAAGACAAUACCAGGCACUAAUGUUAUGAAAUUUUAUAGUAAGCAAACAAAUUUAGAGAUACAAAUAAGACAAAAAAAAUCUAACACUUAGAAAGGUAAUUAAAACACAUUUAAAAAAACACUCAUGUUAUUAUAAAGGCUUUUGAGAGCUUAACUUCAGAACAUUUUCCAGAUCAAAAUGUCAGUACUAGGAUCCAAAUAAGAAAAGAGGUAUUCACAUAGUAUAAUAACAUUUAUUAAGAGAAAAUAAAAAUUACAUCAAAUUUACUAUAACCAAAGAGAGAUUGAAAUCACAGUAAACAAAAGUUGUUAAAUGAUUGUCUUGCCUUCUGGUACCAAUACAAAAACAUCAUGAAGUAGAGAAAAUCAUUUCUUAAUUCUUAAUACUUAACUUAAACUUUUGAAAAGUGUGUACACUUAUACAGGCCGUACACAUUGUUUUUCAGGAAUUUUUAUUUUUAUUACAAAUCCGUAAUCUGAUAAAUGUUCAUGUGUGCGUCAAGAUGAAGACGGACACAUGGGUGAAAGCUCAGAUCUCUAAUUUGUCACGUUCUAGUCAGUGAAGUGUUGAAAUGCUUUCUGUUCAAUGUUAUAAUUUAUCUAGCAAAGUAUAGAAAAAUGAAUCGGGGCACAAUUUCGUGACCUUAUCAGCACAUGUUAUAUACACCAUUCUCAGAAACUUGCCUGACCUGUCAUAGUGCAGAGAUCAAAUGAUCCAAUAAUGUGCAAUAUUCUUCAGCACAAAGAAUGUCCUGGGAUGAAUUACAUCAUUAAUAUCAAAUGGGGGGAUGAAGGGAUACGUCCCUAGAUAAUUUUGUGAAAGAGGUGUUCAGCUGUUUACUAUCAGAGUUAUUCUCUAAAGUGAUCAUUCGUGGGAAUUCAAACUAAGGCCUCAAUUUCAUAUUUUUUUAAUAAACUUUUCGAGUGAUUCAUUAUUUUUGGAUACAUGUUUUAAUAUUUUGAUAAUGUUUUUAUAUAUUGAUAUUUGUUUAUUAGAAAUGCUAUUUAAAAAAAAAUAAUUUAGCAUUUUGAAAAAAAAAUAUUUUUAAAAGUUUUUUCAAAAAUAUUAAACUAUUUGAAAAGCUUGUGUAAAAAUAUUAACUCAAGGACUAAAUUUGAAGGGAAUUUCAAAUUGAACACCUAAAUAGCCAAACUGAAAACAAAAUUGGUAUGGAUAAUUUUUCUAAUUCAGUUAUUUUGGCCUAAAUCUUGAACUUUGAUUUCACUUUAAAUCACCCAUAAGUCCAAUUUUAUGUGGAAAAACCCAGUGUAUGCUUUACUGUUUAACACCUUAAGGACAAAUGACAUGUGUGACAUGUCAUGAUUCCCUUUUAUUCCAGAAGUUUGGUCCUUAAGGGGUUAAACAAAUAAUAAAAUAUUACAUUUUAAAUUAUGGGAAAUUAAAUUACAUACUUACCUAGUCAUUUUCUUCUUCUGGCUAUUUAUCAUGGCAGCAUCAUUUAUGGGUAGCUUCGUCCCUAACCAGAUCAGGACAGGAUCAACCAAUGAAAAAGAGAGAAAGAGACUGGAGGCAUAAAAGGUACCUCCUUCUUCAAUACAUCAGUCCAGUUAAAAAGAAAGAAGGGUGGGUGACUGAUACUGCCAUGAUAAAUAACCAGGGAAAGAAAAUUACUAGGUAAGUAUGUAAUUUAAUUUUCCAUAUUCCUGGCUAAUCAUGGCAGCAUCACUUGUGGGUAAUACCCAAGCAAAAAAUACUUAAAAGGAAGGUGAAAAACGGUACAGUGAAUAGACACUGGACAAUGAGUGCUGCAAAGGACAUCUAAUUUUCAUUAUGCAUAUUAACAGCCAAUAAGACUCCUCUUCCAAAGGAAAUAGUCGUAGAAUGAAGAUCCAGUUUGUAGUGCUUAAUAAAGGUUGUAGGAGUGGACCAAGUAGUUGCCCUGCAGAAGUCAUCCGUAGGAACCUCUACCCAAUUAGCCCAAGAUGUAGCCAGGGAUCUGGUGGAGUGAGUCAACUUUUUCCACAGGUAGGAGUCCGUUAUGACCAAAGCUAUCCAUCUCCUUAAGGUAGAGGAAGAGGCUGCUUCUCCCUUGGCCAGAAGGAAUGAUUAAUAAUUUUUUGGUUUUCCUGAAGGCAGAAGUAACAGCUAGGUAUUUGAUUAGAAGUUCUCUUACAUCAAGUUCAUGGCAUCGCUCUUCCUCUGGAAAAGAUGGGGAGAAAGAGAAGGAAGGGAGAACCACUUUCUGGAGUAGAUAAAAUCUAAUUAUGACUUUUGGAAGGAAGUCUUCACUAGGUCUCAGGAUCACCUGAUCAUGAAAUAUAUGGGUGUGUGACUCAUCAUUAGAGAAUGCCUGGAGUUCCAAGAUUCUCUUGGCCAUGGAGACCGCCACCAGGAACACUGUUUUAUAAGAGAGGUGUUGAAUAGAGAGAUCCUCCAGAGGUGCAUAUGGAUAUUCUGUUUAAGGCAUUCAGGACCAUUGGUAAAUCCCAUGGUUUCUGGCUCAAGGGCGUAAGCGUAAAGCUGCCUUAAUGAACCUUGAGAUGAGAGGGUGAGAUGCCCAUGAAGUAUUGCAAAGGGCAGCUAGAGCUGAGGACUGCACCUUCAAAGUGCUGAGGCUGAGGCAUUUGCCAAGGCCUUCCUGUAGAAAUUCCUGAAUAUGUAGGUGAGUAGGGUGUUGAGAAUCCAAAGAUUUUUUUGCUAUUGACCAUUUUUGAAAGGUUUUCCAAAUUCUGUAAUAGCAGGAAGAUGUAGACUGUUUCCUUGCUUUAAGGAGAGUAUCAAUCACUGCCUUGGAUAGGCCUUGGUUAAGGAGGGAUCUCCUUUCAACAGCCAGGCCCCCAGGUUCCAGCUGGAUGGGUUGGGAUGAGUUGCUGGUCCCUGGAUUAGAAGGUCUGGGGAGUAACCAAGGAUGGGUCAUAGAAAUUCUCAUUAGAUGGAAAUACCAAAGUCUCCUGGGCCAGAUCGGAAUAAUGGCUAUCACCUUCUUUCCAAAUUUUCCUCAGUACCCGGGGAAUCAGAGGCAGGGGAGGGAACACAUAUCCAAGUUCGAAGUUCCAAGGAUGAGAAAGGGCAUCUUGACCCAAAGCUAGAGGGUCCUUGUAGAGGGAAAAGUAGGCUGCCACCUGAGCAUUCCAUCUGUUGGCCAUUAGGUCUACCUGGGGUAUGCCUCACCUCUUUGUCAGAACCUGUAAAACUCUGGGAUUUAAGCUCCACUCACCUGGCGAUAUAUGAGUUCUUCUGAGGAAAUCUGCCAGAAUGUUUUCCGACCCUGGGACCCUUGAUAUGAAGUUGCACCCAGGAUAUUGGUGGAGUUUUUUCUUGUAAGAGAAGAUUUCUUCUUGUGCCUUUCUUGGUGAUUUAUAUAUGCAGUCACUGCUCUGUUGUCUGUCCGUAUUGAUAGCCAAGGACUCCUGAGAGCUCUGUGGAGUUUCUGUAUUGCAAUGUAAAUGGUCCUCAAUUCCCACAGGUUUGAGUGAAGUCAUCUUACUCAUGGGUUUCAAGUGCCUUGAAUUCAAAUUGAUUCUGUGUGAGCACCCCAUCCUGUCAUGCUCGCAUCUGUGGUGAUAACUUGCCAAGGGGAUUCUUCUAUAGGAAAAACUCUCUAAAGAUUGUCUCGCUGUAGCCACCACACCAAUUGAUCUUUUACUACUCGAGGAAUUUGAAUCAUUUGCUUCCAGUUGUUGCGAUAGUGAUUGAACUGAUUCAGGAAAUUGGAUUGUUCUUGAGUUCCAUUGAGCCCAGCGGACUAAUCCUAUAGUUGAGGUUAGUGAGCCCAGAAUGCUCAUGUACUCCUUGGCUGUGAUGGAAGGUUUGGGGAGGACCGAGAGAAUCUUGUAUUCCAGUCUGCUUAUCCUUGCUCAGUCUGCUUAUCCUUACUUUGGAGCAACUAUUAAAAUGUCGUCUAGGUAUUGAAAGAUAACUUGCCUGUUUUUCCUCAGAUGUGCAAUCAGGACCACUAAGACUUUUGAGAAGGUCCUUGGAGCAAGGCUUAAGCCAAAAGGGAGGCCUCUGAAUUGAAAAUGCUGUCCCAUAAUGGGAAAUCAGAAGAACUUGUGAUGAAGAGGGUAGAUGGGACCGUGGUAAUAUGCAUCCUUUAGGUCUAUGGAUGUUAGCCAAUCCCCUUUGUUCAAGUUGGGAAUAAUAGUGGAUAUGGAUUUCAUUGUGAAUGAUAGGUGUUUCAGGAAUAUGUUGGUUUUUUUCCAGAUCUAUAAUCAGUCUCCAUUUUCCGUUGGGUUUUGGGUCCAAGAAUACUGUUGAAUAGAAACCUUUGUAUCUUUCUGAAAGAGGCACCUCAUCUAUGACACCUUGGAGAAGUAGUUUUUUGACACCAGAUAUCAUGGCUUCCCCUUUUUCCCCAAAGGUUUUCUUGACUUUAUGAAGGAGUUGUUUGGAGGAAAGGAGUCAAAUUUGAUUCUGUAGCCCUGAUCGAGGAUAGAUAUGACAUAGGAGUCUGAUAUAUUUGUGGCCCAGACAGAUAGGAAAUGAUGAAGAUGGGCCUGUAAACCUUCAGAAGUUUUUAGUAGGGACUCUCAAUCCCCUUCCCCUGUUGGAUUUAGAGGAAGAUGAAGGAGGCUGAUAGGUUCUGCAAGACGCAUAUCUGUUAUACUCUUUACCUGGACGGUAUGAUCUAUUGUCUCGAAAGGACCUGUCAUGAAACCUCUUGUUUUUCCAUGAGGUUGAGUAUGGGGUUCUUUUCUCUUGAGGUAGGAAAGAUUUCUUGCUGUCUGCUGCUUUUUGGAUAGCCUCAUCUAGGACUUUUCCAAAAAAGAGAUCACCCUGGAAGGGAAGAACGCAAAGGGAGGAUUUUGAAGAGUAGUCAGCUUCCCAAGAGUGUAACCACAGGGCUCUUCUGACUGAGGCAGAUAAUGCCAUGCUGUUGGCAAUCAUCAUGGAGAUAUCCAGGGAUGCUUCAGAGCUGAAGUCUGCUGCGAGUCUGAAAUCCCUAAUAUUGUCCAGGAGGUGUUCUCUUCUCACACCUCUUUGGAGAUCUUCUUCCAGGUUGUCUAACCAUACUUCUAUGGCUCUGGACAAGGUGGUAAGAGCUAUGGCUGGGUGUAGAGCUGAGCCCAGAGAUUGUUAAGCUUUUAUAAGGUUAGCAUCCAGUCAUUUCUCCAUAGGUUCCUGUAAAUAUGCCAUAGAGUCAAUGGGAAGCAUAGUACAUUUUGCAAUUUUUAUCACAGCCGCAUCAAUUUUGGGGAUUGCAGUCCAAGUUUUGCAACCUUUGGAGUCAAAGGGGUAGAUCCUAGGAUUCUUAUUUUUUACGGUAACCUUUUUUUCUCUGGCCUGGCCCAUUCAUUAAGGGUCAUAUCCUUGAUAGAACGAUGCACAGGAAACAAUGGUUUGAAAGAUCUGAGGUCUUCAAAAUAUUUGUCAGAUUCUAGGGAUUCUGUCUUUUCUUCCUGUAAUUUUAGGGUAUUUCUUAUUCGAAAGAUACUUUUUUCAACAGAUUUGGAGUCUAAGGAUGUAGGCCCAUACUCUGUAUUCUCAUCCUCUUCUUCAGUAAUAUCCUCAAAGGAUUCCAGCUCAGACUCAGAUGAAGGAGAAGAGGAUCCAGCUCUUUGAUGUUUUUUGGAGGUGGUGUUUUUAGUAGAAGGCUUGAAGCCUUCAGCAAUGGCUUGGGAUAUCCAGGUUUUAAGUUCUUCUUAAGGAGAAAUCUUUCUGGCUGGAUGCUGCCACUUCUGUCCUACAGGUGAGGCAUAGGUUUUUAACCUCUAGAGCAGUCUUAUUGCAGGCCAAGCAGUGAUUAGAUUUUUCCUUGUUUUUCCUGGGGGAUCUAUCCCGGCUCAUGCUUGGGCUGCAAAAAUGAAAGGCCAUGUAAGUAACUAUGGGGCCCGCAUGGCACUCUUUUAUUCCCCUAUAAACUUUGUCUCACCUAUAUUUCUUUGAACUUGAGCGGUGGGAGGCAGAGGGAGAAGACAUCUAUAAAGAAAAAAGGUGCGAAGUGAGUUAGCAUCCAGUCGUGAGAAGACAAAAUUCAAUAUUUUUUUCCCUAAGGAAAUUAAUUUAUUUCCUCAGACAUAACAUUGAAAAAUGCGAGAUAAAGAAAUACCUUCUUACCUUAAGGCAAGAAGAAAUUAUACUGACAAUAACGAAAAAGAUAUUCCUUUAGGAACGGAAGCACUUGUCACUUUAAGAACCGAACAUAAAACCUGUAUCUUUAAGUGAUUGAUGAGGUUCGCCCAUGUGCAGAUCGUUCAGGAGUUUGUACGCCGCAGUGUUUGUACGAAUGAAAGAGACGAACAGGGAAUCAUUUACCAGAAUGCAAGCAUUACUCACAUGUGAACAAGAACAAACUCCCGUACUAAGGAAUUUACACUGAACUUGUGAGUACACGAACAGUGGGAAAAAAGGUAUAAAUAGAAGAAAAACCUCCCGAUAAAGAAGAGAAAGGUCUAUCUCCCAGAUUGUCACCAAGUUCUGCAGGGGGAAUAUAUAAGGCUUCUGAAGAUUCAAUGGAGCCAUAGUCCUCAGCAUGUAGAAUGUUUAUCCUCAAAGCAGAUUCAAAUCACCAAUUUGAAUCUGACCCAGUUAGUCCUGCUCACACAAUACCAUAUGGCUUGAUGUAUGCUCUCUCAUGAAAGGGGGCAAUAGAUUUCCGUAUUUUCCUCCAUAUUUAAAGAAAUGCCAGUCAAAACAAAGUUUUCUCUUUCAAUUUCCCCACAGUGAGUCACAGGUUUUUAAAUAAGCAUGAAAUUCUAUUAUUAUGUUGUUGGGGCAAAGGAAGGUGGUUUUAUGAUUACAUGUUGUACAAGAUAAGGGGUUAGUUGCUUUUUGCAAGAAAACGAGGACAGGAUAUGGGUAAACAAAGGAAAGACUUUGGUUCUUUAUCGUAGUUAACACAAAGCACCUUCCUUCUCAGUUUACUAAUUGGCUCUGCUUUAAGCUAGCACUUCCAUUCUUGCUUCCCUGACAAAUCUAGUUUAAAUACUUAGAAAGUUUUUUUUUAACUUUAUUUAUAAUGGAAGGUCAUUAAUAUUUGAACUUUAUUCAUUUAGACGGUUUACUAGAUUAAAGAUCUGCCGAGUCUAAAGCCAAAUUCAUUGUACGGUGCUCUGUUUGUGACCCAUGAAGAACAAUGCCACUCUAUACUAAUCAUGGCUUUUAAACUUCCCCCUGUAGAUCUCCGAAAGAAGCUUUCAGGAAAUUAGCUAUGAAACAGAAGUAAGGGUUAGGUACUGAGCUAACAUUUAGGAUAAGCAAUCUUGUACAAUGUAUCUCUAAUAUCCAAACAAAGGGCCUCGUAUGUGUAAAAUUCUAUUCGUAGUUCCUUGUUAUCUAACAGCUAAUCAAAUUUUCUUGCUCAAAGUAACAUGCACUAAAGAAAAAUUAUUUAUAAAGUACAAAUACAUGUUUUUGUCACAAAUCUUAGAAUUAUAAGUAUUUCAUUUUAUUGUUUGUUUGUUUUUGUUCUUCAAAGAAAAUUGUAACAAAUAUGUAAAGUAGACACGAUAGGUGAGAUUCCUCAUAGUUUUCUGUUCCACAAAGUGGUGUAAAUUUACUAAAACUGAUGCAAUUAGACUGCAGUGGUUAUGGUGCUUUGAUAGUUCCUUUAAAGGCCUUGAUGUACAAUGUGCAUAGUACCUCAUAAAAACUUAAAGGAUGCAUGCAUGCUACUAAUUAAUAGCAGAGCAUGCAUGCUAGCAAUAGUAGGCCUUGGGACUUCACAUUUCAUAUAGGCAUCAAAACAACUUCAGUUUAAUGAAAUGUGUAAUGUGUAGAUCAUGCCCAUGCAGUCUCACUGCUCAAUUCUCUGCCAUUUAGGAAUUAAAAUCAAAAUAGUUUCAAUUGCAAUAAGACAUUAACUUACUUUAGUAGUUUUUAUCUUCUGCUCUGUAAAUCGAACUUUGAUCACACACAGGAGGCCCCUGCAGUAUCUACAAAGCUUUAACAGAGCAGGGGAACAUAAAUUCUAAAUUAAACAUAGUGUGCAAUACAGGAAGUUUAACAUUAGAUCUUUCUUGUAAAGGAAGUAAUUAGGGAGGCUGUGUAAGUCACAUGCAAGCAGGUGUGGCUGAGACUGCAUAAAUAAAGGGAUUUAACUCCUAAAUGACAAAGAAUUUAGCAGUGGCACUGCAUGGACAUGAUCUAUACACAAAAAAUUAUUCAUUAAGUUAAAGGUUUUUAGUGGCUAUAGUGUCCCUUUAAAUUCUGUGAGCCAUACAUUUAGUUCACCCAUGAAUUUACUUUGUACAAUGUGCAGAUUAAUGUUAUUCCCUAUAAACUGAGCCAAGUCAUGUCUGGUAUGACAAGUUCUCUAUAAGCUAUUUUAGUAAACAUGGCUGGAAGCUGUCUUGCCAAUUCUGAAAAGUCCAGAGAGAUCUCAUCAUCUGUAAAUAGAAUAGAUGCCUUCUCCUUACUGUUCUCGUUCGAUAGCUAUAUUUCCUUACAAACAAAACAUAAAAUAUUGGUGGAUUACAGUGUCUUGAUAUUUGGUAUCAAGCAUUUGGAGUGUAUCAUGAUGAAAGUGCUUGGUUAGUCUAGUUCCAUAAUACUAAAACUAUCUGCUUUGCUGAGAAAACUGUAUGAUAUCAUGCAUGAAAUGGCUGAUCGUUUCACUAAGCACAUACACAUGAUUGAAUACAAAAUAUGUAACUGAUAAUUUCUGAGUCCUAUUAUGUGCAGAAGUAACAGGAUUCUGGAGCAUUAGACAUUAAAGGAACACCAUAGUCACCUAAACAACUUUAGCUAAAUGAAGCAGUUUUUGUGUGUAGAUCAUGCUUCUCAGGUUUCACUGCUCAAUUCACUGCCAUUUAGGAGUUAAAUCACUUUGUUUCUGUUUAUGCAGCCCUCGUCACACCUCCCCUGGCUCUGAUUGACACAGCCUGCAUGAAAAAAAACUGGCUUCACUUUCAAUCAGAUGUAAUUUCCCUUAAACAAUUGUAUCUCUUUCUCUGUAAAUUGAACUUUAAAGGACCACUAUAGUGCCAGGAAAACAUACUUGUUUUCCUGGCACUAUAGUGCCCUGAGGGUGCCCCCACCCACAGGGUCCCACUCCCGCCGGGCUCUGGGGGGGAGGAAAGGGGUUAAAUCUUACCUUUCUCCAGCGCCGGGCGGGGAGCUCUCCUCCUCCUCUCCGCCUCCUCUCCUCCCUUUCAGCUGAAUGCGCACGUGCAGCAAGAGCUGCGCGCACAUUCAGCCGGUCUCCUAUGGACGCUUGUGUGUUCUCACUGUGAUUUUCACAGUGAGAAUCACGCAAGCGCCUCUAGCGGCUGUCAAUGAGACAGCCACUAGAGGAUUUGAGGGCUGCAUUAACCCAUUUAUAAACAUAGCAGUUUCUCUGAAACUGCUAUGUGUAUAAAAAAAUGGGUUAACCCUAGCUGGACCUGGCACCCAGACCACUUCAUUAAGCUGAAGUGGUCUGGGUGCCUAGAGAGGUCCUUUAAUCACUUACAGGAGGCUCUUGCAGGGUCUAACAAGCUAUUAACAUAGCAGGGCAUAAGAAAAUCUAAAUUAAACAGAACUUGCAAUAAAGGAAGGAUAAACUUUAGAUGACUCUUUACAGGACGUGUUUAGGAAGGCUGUGCAAGUCACAUGCAGGGAGGUGUGACUAAGGUUCAUAAACAAAGUAAUUUAACUCCUAAAUGGCAGAGAAUUGAGCAGUGAGACUGCAGGGACAUGAUUUGUACACCAAAACUGCUUCAUUAAGCUAAGCUUGUCUUGAUGACUAUAGUGUCCCUGUAAGGACAAUUUGCAAGCCUUAACAUAGAAAGUCAAGGGGCUUUGCUUGUAUCACUCAGUAAUAGAAAGAAUUAUAAUCUGAUCGCAAAGUAGUGUAAUACAAUAUUGAUAUCAUUGUUUACACUAUUGCAUGUAAAACAUCAGUCCCUAAACUGGGAAGUGAAAUUGAUUUGGAAAUAAGAGGCCAAAAUAUCUGCAAUAGAAAUUUAAACAAUUUUUGGCAAAUGUUGUAAAACCCUAAAACCCUUGCCAAGUCUUCACAGUUCAUAGAUUAGUAAAAAAAAAAAAAAGUCUUGUGGAUUUAUAGACAAGUGCAUUGAUAACACAAUGGGAUUUAUUUACUAAACCAGGAUUGUACAGAAUUAACUAAGGAGUUUGAAAUGUUAGGAUAUAAUUGACAAACUUGAAAAAUUCUCCAACUAAGCCUAAAAUAUAAAAUUUCUUGUCAUUUUCUACAUUUAAUAGUUUUGUGGAUAAACCUUAUUAAUCUGUUUUUUUUGCAUUAAUCUCGUAAAUGAAGUCCCAAUAAAUCUUAAAUCAUUGUCCUAGUUAAAACUGCAGUCACAUAAUAGCAUAAUGACAAGCAUAUACAUUUGACAGGUGGUUAAACUCUCAUCUGUUACUCACGGAGCAUAUCACAUAAAAGCACGGAUUAUAUCAUCCAUUUCUAAUGUGGUGUAUCUGCUUUCAUCCCGAUAUGGAACGCUAUGCAUGGAACUUACUAUAAGACCUUUAAAUACCUUUUAAGCAGGUUGUACAAAUACAAUCUUCAUCCUUCCUUAGUUUUACCUUCCAAAAGAUAAAGAAAAGAAAGUUAUUAUAAUUAAUAGCAGCAACAAGUCUAUUUAUGUAGUACCUUGAUGGACUUUUAGGUGUGCUAGAAAACCAUUUGAAUCCAAAAGUGCUGACUGUUCUAUCAAAAAUGGGACAGUUGGCAGAUAUGCAAGACAUGACUGAAUUCAGACCAAGCUGAUAUGGUCUUUAGGCAGCAUGCCAUCUGCAACCAAGAACAUGGAUCUCUCACACACUGUGCCUAGAGGUAUAAAAGGUCUACAUCGCAGUGUGGAAAUAUGGUAGACCUAGUCCUAGACAUAUAUCUUGGUUUCUCUAUCUCAUACCUCCCAACACUACAAAUGGACAGUGAUAGACUCUUUAAUUUUACCAGUAUCAGUGGGGUUGUAGACAGAAGCAGAGCUGUACUGAGACAUUCUAGGUGGCUUACUAAUAACCACUAAUGCAGCUAAAAUGUCAUUUAGAAGGAGAACCAUUAUAUUAUACGAUAUAGGGUACGAUAUACAAGCUAGUGUUAGCUUGAGAAAGAUCUCUUGGAGAUCGAAAACCUUGCACUUUUCGCAAUAAACCUGCUGUUUAACUGAUCCUUGAGUGCCUGGACCACAAUUUUGUUCAAUCAUAAAUCCUUCCAGACAUUUGUGUAUUCAAUGAGCUCAUACAUCAUAGGUAUCUAUUGAAGCCUUUUCAUGAUCUGGGUGGAGACUGCCGUAUGAUGAUGGUAAGUAUUUUCCAUAUUUUCUUUUCGUUAGCAAUGUAAGUGGUCCCCAGCCUAGCCCCAAAGACAGGCCAGUAAUCUUGUCUAUAUUCCCUAGAGACAGAAUUGGGAAAAGCCUUAAUCUUGCACCUUGCGGACAUGGUUGGCAAUCCCUGGUCUAUUAAAUGUAUUAAAUGAAAAAACUUGCAUUUGCAAGGGGUAGCACUUAUGCUUCAAGAGGACUUCUUUAAGAUGAAGUCAUUUUGGUGCCUAGAAAGUCCCCAUUUGGAAAUGAUCAUUGUUUUGGUUUUAUUUUUCCUAUGAUUAUACCAGUGCCUUUAUUAAAUUAAUGUAAACCCUGUUACAUAAAUAAAUGAUUUGCAUGAAAUCCUACAAGUUGAACUAGGGUAAUUUCAUCGGCUAAAAUGAAUAUGUUAUGUUUUACUUCUGCAUUUGUAUUCCACUCCAGUUACAUUUUAAGUUCUCUCAUUACAUAUCUUGCUCUUUCAAGCUCACAUGAAAAUGAAGUGAAUAAUGUAAGGAAUUUGCAAGAUUUCACUGAGUCAUGAGUUUCUCAUCGCGUAUUAAGAUAAUAAGAUCAUAUUUGUAUAUACAUUCUCUACUACGUUGGUACCAACCCGCAAGAAGUGCAGAAGCUGAUAAUGCAGGAAUGAGGGAAAGAUUUCUAAAAUAUAAAAAUAAGAAAAAAUAAAACAAGAUUCUGCAUAUCAUUCUUGGUGUACAUCUAUGAAUUUUGGGGGGAUAUUCACUAAACUGUGAGCUGUGGUUAACUGUUUCUUAUUAAAUAUUAUUAAAUUAUUUGUUACUAGCACAGCCUAAUUCACAGUAUUUAAAAUCUAAAUCAAUGUAGUGCAUUCAGUAAAAAGACAAAUGUUUCUAAUUUUACCAGAUUUUUACAGAAUGCAUACCGUACACAGUAAUAAUGUUAAGCGAAAAUAUACAAAGAAAUGUUCUAGCGCUGGAAAGCAAACUUUUUCUUGCUUUUCUUGUGGCUUUCGGUAAUAAUAUAUACACUAAACAAAAUUAUAAACGCAACACUUUUGUUUUUGCCCCGAUUUUUUCAUGAGUUGAACUCAAAGAUCUAAGACUUUUUCUAUGUACACAAAAGGCCUAUUUCUCUCAAAUAUUGUUCACAAAUCUGUCUAAAUCUGUGUUAGUUGUGGCAAACCUAGCCACUUGGACUAUAACCUGGGACUAUACCUUUAAGGGUUGCCUAUAUGUAUGGGGAGAUAUGUGUUUUAAUCCAUGUAUUUGUAUGCUGACUGUACUGUAUUAGAUUGCCUGUAUUUGCUAUCCGCCGAAUGCAGAUAGCAGUUUGUAUGGGGUUUUCCUUUCGUUUCACGAACGGCACUUUGGAAGGCCGUUCGUGAACCGAAAACACUACCCCUAAUAGCCCACACACUGAGAGGCGUGUGGCGCUGGUUAACCGAUUGCAACAAUGUUGCAAUCGGUAAUUAGAGGCUCUCCUGGGUGGCCGUCGUUCGACUACCGACCAUGCGGCGGUCGGCCAUCUUGGAUCCUUUGUUCCCUCAGCGGUGUUAGGUCUUCGAGCGCAUGGUACUAAAAACGGCUACUCGACGGCACGAACACCACUGAGCCUCCAGGAUGUUCGGGAGUUUCAGGCCGUUCGGUAUUUUAUUCCCUGGAAGGCAAUCGGUUCUUUUAAUAUAUUUUGUAAUGAAUGUGUUUUUCGUGCGGCGUUCGGUUAUUUUAGCUGGGAUCUGAGCGGUAAUCUCACGAAUGAUGCGCUCAGACCCCAGCUAUCUACCGAACGUCCAUUCGUUUAAAUAGACUGCAUAUUCAUAAAGUUAUGUAUUUUUAUACGAAUUGUAAGUUCUGCUGCACGGAGGGAUAAUCCACUUAACGGUAUAUUCCAGUGGGAGGAUCCCUCUCGUGCAGCAGUGCCUGAUGGGAAAAAUGCCUUGUAAUGUAAGUCCCCCAUGUAGUCCCCUCUGGGAGUGCCCCUUGGAAGGGACUCAGGAAACCCCUUGCAUGGGGACUUGUAUAAAUUGUGCAGCCGAAUUAAAGGAUUUCAGUUGACUCUCAGAACUGUGUUUCGUCCGGUUACUGGAAGGUUGGGGAUAUUGCCUUGUUGUUUCAGCGCUUGACUGUGGAUUAUUUCCUGAACCAGCGGAAUUCGUGGAUUUAAUAUUGGCGUUCCGCUACAUUAGUGAGCACUUCUCCUUUGCUGAGAUAAUCCAUCCACCUCACAGGUGUGGCAAAUCAAGAUGCUGAUUAGACAGCAUGAUUAUUACAUAGGUGUGCCUUAGGUGGGCCACAAUAAAAGGCCACUCUAAAAUGUGCAGUUUUACUGUAUUGGGGGGCAGAAAACCAGUCAGAAUCUGGUGUGACCACCAUUUGCCUCACGCUGUGCAACACAUCUUCAUCGCAUAGAGUUGAUCAGGUUGUUGAUUGUGGCCUGUGGAAUGUUGGUCAACUCCUCUUCAGUGGCUGUGCUAAGGUGCAGGAUAUUGGCAGGACCUGGAACAUGCUGUCAUAUACGCCGAUCCAGAGCAUCCCAAACAUGCUCAAUCGGGGACAUCUCCGGUGAGUAUGCUGGCCAUGCAAGAACUGAGAUGUUUUCAGAUGCCAGGAUUUGUGUACAGAUCCUUGCAACAUGGGGCAAUGCAUUAUCAUGUUGCAACAUGAGGUGAUGGUUGUGGAUGAAUGGCACAACAAUGGGUCUCUGGAUCUCAUCACGGUAUCUCUAUGCAUUCAAAAUGCCAUCAAUAAAAUGCACCUGUGUUCGUUGUCUAUAACAUACGCCUGCCCAUCCCAUAACCCCACCGCCACCAUGGGCCACUCAAACCACAACGCUGACAUCAGCAAACCGCUCACCCACACAACACGUUGUCUGCCAUCUUCCCAGUACAGUAAAAAACGUGAAUCAUCCGUAAAGAGAACACGUCUCCAAAGUGCCAGACACCAUCGAAUGUGAGCAUUUGCCCACUGAAGUCAGUUACAAUGACAAACUGCAGUCAGGUCGAGACCCUGAUGAGGACCACGAGCAUGCAUAUGAGCUUCCCUGAGAUGGUUUCUGACAGUUUGUGCAGAAAUUAUUUGGUUAUGCAAACCAAUUGUUACAGCAGCUGUCCUGGUGGCUGGUCUCAGGCGAUCUUGGAGGUAAAGAUGCUGGAUGUGGAGGUCCUGGGCUGGUGUGGUUACACGUGGGCUGCGAUUGUGAGGCCGGUUGGAUGUACUGCCAAAUUCUCUGAAACGCCUUUGGAGACGGCUUUUGGUAGAGAAAUGAACAUUCAAUUAAUGGGCAAUUGCAUGCUCCCUCAUAACUUGCGACAUCUGUGGCAUUGUGCUGUGUGAUAAAACUGCACAUUUUAGAGUGGCCUUUUAUUGUGGUCAGCCUAAGGCACACCUUUGCAAUAAUCAGCAUCUUGAUCUGCUACACCUGUGGGGUGGAUGGAUUAUUUCGGCAAAGGAGAAGUGCUCACACUUUUUUCUUUAUAUGUGUAUAUUAGAAUCUUCCAGCAUUUGUAAACUGUAUCUACUGAACAGUGUUACGCUAUGAUAUAUAUAUAUUUGUUUAAUAUCCAGAGCCGAAAUCCCAUAUUUGUGCUGUGUAUACAUAUUAACUAGACUUGCAGGAAAGGAUGGAUUGGUGCCUUGCAUGUUUUUGGAUGUAAAUGUACGUAAUUAAAGGAAUGCUGUACAGUUAUUUUAAAAUAAUCACUUCUACUGUAUUCUCAAGGAGCAACGCAGCAAAUUUACUAAUGAAUUAGGUGUAAAAUAAAAAAAUUCUCACUUUUAUUCCAGCACCGUUAGUAGUCUCCUUGCAGCUUUCACCUCUGCCCCUUGUGAUGUAAUAAAGUCCCAGGACAUUGGUCCAAUCAAAUUCUUGUCAUUUACAAGCAUAUCUUAAUGGAUAUAUUUUUUUUUUUCAAUACAAUUAAAUAAAGUAUGGGGUUUGCUCUGUUACUUUAAUUCAUGCUACUGGCAUUCAAUUAAUUAUCCCAAGUCUGGCCCCAGAUAACUGCCAAAAAUAGACUGUUUGCUUUAGUGGCACAGCCCUCCCUAGAGCAAAUGGAAAGUCUUUUGAAACUGGGAAUGAUAUAAUGAAGCUAUUUUACAUGAUUCAUUUUUGUAUAUAUUAUAUUAUAUUAUAUUACAAUAGGAAAAUGAGUCAACAAAACUGAUUUUAUAACCAAAGGAUGUAUCACCAAGCCAGUGUCAUGAACAUAAAUGUUAUCCCUGUCAAAAAACAUGGAUUAAAGGGAAUGCUAGCACUAUGGAAGGAAUGAAAGUUGAAAAAAAAAGUCAGUAAUCUACAAUUUAAUGGAAAUAAAGUAUAGUAAAUUCAUAUUUAAUUCAGGGUGUUCAGAACAUUAAAUUAUAUUCAAAUUAAACUUUAGAUUUAUAUUGGAGAUGGCUUCAGCUCAUUUCUUUUUAUAUCUCUGCCUUGGAGCCUGUAUUUUAAAGUUGGAGAUCCUGUUCAAGAACAAAAUCUCAGAAAUACAAAAAUCUGACUUUUAAACCCAAUUAACCUUGAGAAUUUUUACAUGCUAGCCUACACCUUGUUAGUGAAAAUCCUGAGUUCAAGCCAAGAAGAAGAUGUUGAUUUCUGGCAUUUAAUGCAACAUUUUCAUCCUAAAUUUUAGCAAUCUCAGAUUACAGUUGCUGAAUCAUUUAAAAUAACUUUGCCAGAGUCACUCUUCUGUAGCAUUUACUUCCUCCUGAUUGCGCUCCAAUAAGUCUGAAACCCCAAUGCUUAUCAUUAGUGCAAAACCUUAUCUAUUCAGUUGCCUUUGAUCCUAAUCCCAGACAAUGAAGUUUAUAUAUUGAAGUAUUGUGUGACACGGUGUGAAAUGCAUUACUUAAAGAGAUAAGUUACAUUUACUCUACAUAAGAUACAUUGCCAAAGAAAAUUACAGUAAAGGUGAAAAUUAAGUCUUCAGUGCCACAAAUCACUGAAGGAGUUGUAGUUUUACAACAUCUGGGGAUCUACCUUUUGGGCUUUGUAACUCCAUUAAUUAAAUAUUUAGUUUACAACCAGUUUAGGCCAAAACCGUUAUUGUCAACUCACCACCACUAACUUAUUUUUUUUAUUCACUGCAAAAAUUUUUAUAUUUCAUCCAAUACAGUAUGACUUUCCAGGUCAGCAUUCCAUCCCUUAAUUAUAAAAUGAUCCCACCUCAUCAUGGUGAAAAAGUUACAAAUCAGUAAUAAUAAACGAAUAAUCAUAGAAUUAAUGGGCAAAUCCUGACAUGGCCAACAUUUUGCAAUGAGUGCUCACCACCACCAGAAAAUGUGUCACUGGGUAUAAAUGGAAGUAUCAUAUUUUUCACCUGUUGAGGAACUUAUUUAUCUCUUUCCUUGUGUUCCCCUAAAUGUAUGAACAAUACUGACCCAGAAGCUAGAGGUAAAUUAGAUUACUGUAUUGUUGAUGUUUGCCAUAUCCUCCUCCUUGGCUUUCUGUACCCUUUACCUCCAUGAUCAUGAAAUGAUGAAGAAAAAUUGUUCUCUAAACAAAUUCCAGAGAAAUAAACAUUGUUGAAUGCUGAAAAUCUUAAAAGAUGAAUAAAACUUGUAUAAUCCUCAUUUACCAGAACCUGCAUUCUACUUUGGAGAACUGGAAUACCAUGUUGAUGAAAGUGCUGGAUUCAUUGAAGUGCGUGUUUGGAGAACUGGAACAGAUCUUUCAAAAACUGCCACUAUUACAGUUCGAUCACAGAAGACCGAACCCCUUUCAGCAAUAGGUGAGAAAGCUACAUACAAAGAUAUUGAUGUGUGACACAAAGUCUCUGGAGUUUAAUUAAUAGCCUGCUAUUAAAAAGUUUGGGGAAAAUAUACAUUUGAAAGUGGUGUCUCCUAUACUCAGACAGUUCUGUAGUUAGUGGAACUACUGCAAUACUGCCGGUUGAGUCAACCCAGUGAAUAAUAUAUUUGCAGUGAUUAAAAGGACUAACAUUGAUUUGGAUUAUGACAUACAAAGAAAGUGUAAUGCUAAAUUAUGGUUUCAUCAUUUUAUGUAUCUAAAUGUGUACAAAAGCAUUGUGAUAUUUCUAUAUAUCCAGUAAGUGCAUAUUAAGGGCCAAGGCAAGUUACAAAUGUCUUCAGUAUAUCAUACUUCUGAUGUCCCUAGACAUACAUGGAAAAAACUCCAGAAAAGUUACAAUCCUAUCUCAAAUGAGCCAUAUGAAGAUUUGUCCUGUGAUGUCAUAUGGCUCAUAUUCCUGUCCGCCCGCACCUCCCAUGCCUCCCCCCUUUGUCAGUGCCUACAUUAGCUUGCCGUAAGAUACAGGACUCAAUUUAAAAUCCUGAUACUUGCUUACAAAUCUCUACACAAUGCUGCUCUGACCUACUUAUCCUUACUAAUACACAAAUAUGUCCCAUCUAGGCCCCUACGCUCUGCCGGAGACCUACAUCUAACUUCUGUUCGUACUCCUACCUCUGAUGCUCACCUUAAUGACUUCUCUAGGGCUGUACCAUUCCUAUGGAAUGCCCUUCCCUUCUCUGUAAGACUUUCACCCAAUCUCCACCCCUUCAAAAAAUCUUUGAAAACGUACUUCUUCAGGAAAGCAUAUCAAUUAAAAUGUGAACAACUUUCCCUCCCCGCACACUGAUUCCUCUCCUGCAACUGUCAUCAAAACAAAACACUAAACCCUCAAUGAAUACUAUCCUAUCGACCUACUUUUCUACCCUACCCUUACCUUUUGUGUCACUUUACCCCACUCCCUCUAGCAUGUAAGCUCAUUGAGCAGGACCAUCAAUCCCUCUGUUCCUGUGUGUCCAACUUGUCUGGUUAGAAAUACGUCUGUUAGUCCAUCAACUGAAACAUCAACUGAAAUAUAGCAAAUUCCUAUCGACCUACUUUUCUACCCUACCCUUACCUUUUGUGUCACUUUACCCCACUCCCUCUAGCAUGUAAGCUCAUUGAGCAGGGCCAUCAAUCCCUCUGUUCCUGUGUGUCCAACUUGUCUGGUUAGAAAUACGUCUGUUAGUCCAUCCAUUGUACAGCACUACGGAAUUUGUUGGCGCUUUAGAAAUAAUAAUAAUAAAAUGCUGUUGUUGAAGCCAUGUGUCUCACAUAUGAUACAAUAUUGAAUUCAGUAACACAUCAGUACUGCAAAACUAUCAUAAUACAUCUAACAUUAAUUUAUGCAUUGGACGACUCUUUGAGUAAUAAUUGGUAGUUACCUGUCUGAGAGAAACAUUUCAAGGGGGUUUUGUGGCCUUAGUACCUUUUUCCUAUAUUCAAAGUUUUUCUUGCAUUACAAAUACAGGAAAUGCUCUCAAUUAAUUCUUUAAUUAAAGAAUGAAAUCCAAAAAUAAUACUAAUAGGAAUGUACAAUGUGUCACAUUACUUUAAUCGUGAAUUAUUCUAUGCUUAUUUUUACACUUUUUUUUUUUUUUAGCUGGUAUAGACUACGUUGGUAUAAGUCGGAACCUGGAUUUUGCCCCUGGUGUGAACAUGCAAACAUUCCGUGUAAUUAUCCUAGAUGAUUUGGGGCAGCCAGUACUGGAAGGAAUAGAGAAGUUUGAACUAGUAUUACGAAUGCCAAUGAAUGCUGUACUCGGGGAGCCAAGCAAAGCCACUGUUUUUAUCAAUGACACCGUUUCGGACUGUAAGUAGUUUAUAGCACAAAUGCAUUAUUGUAAAAUCUCACAAGCACAUUUUAAUCUGAAAAAUAUUAUAGAACCAUCACCACUGCACUGAUGAUUUAGCCUCUCUAACUGUCCGCUUCUUUUACCUUGGGUUGAGCUCUGGAAACCCAGAUGUUAUAGCAUGACACAUUUCUUCAGAAAUAAUGGUUGAAGCCCAACAUUAACUUUAUGAGAACAUAUUAUAUUGUAAUCCUGAUGUAUUUUAUUUCAGUGCCAAAGGUACAGUUUAGAGAGCCAAUGUACAUGGGCAAUGAAAAUGAUGGACAGAUUUCUGCAAUGGUGUACAGGAGCGGAGACAUUAAUUACAAGUCUACUGUGCGCUGUUAUACAAGGCAGGGAUCUGCCCAAGUAAUGAUGGACUUUGAAGAACGUCCAAACACUGAUAAUUCAAUCAUCACAUUCCUUCCAGGUACAUAGUUUGUUUUCUGGCUACUCUGACUAUGUUGACCUAUCACUUUUUAUUUUAAUUCUUCGGGGAUUAAAGUGACAAAUUGAAGUGCCAGGUGCUCUCUUUUCUGUGUUUUCACUAAAGCUAGCAUUGUCCAAAAUUGCAAGUGAAUUCCAAGUGAAUUUGACAUUGAAGGCCAAAGUAGACACUUUGUCUACUUUGACCUUAAUAUUAAAAUUUACUUGGGAUUCACUUACAAUUCCUGACAAUUCUCAUUUUAGUGCAAAACCCUGUUAAUAUAUUUAGGUAUUGCGGAUUUUAUUUAAAUAGGUAGCAUUGUAGAAUUUACAAGUAAGCGUUUUCACAAUCCACAUAAUUCACCAUCUAGGUGCAGAUAACUUAUUGUUCAGAAUCUUUCCGUAAAUAUGCAAUUACCUAUCCUAAAGCCUUCAAGACAAUUCAGGUAAUGGUUAUGUGUCCAGAGCCCACUGAAGAGAAUUUUGAAAUCUCUCAUGUGACUGGGAGUUGCCCUAGUAUAAUUUGCUCCAGGACUGCACAAACAUUCCAAAGCAUGGACAUGCAAGAUUUGCAGGAGGACAUGCAGAACUCUAAAACGUGUCAACUUUUUUAUUUUAUCUUCCUCAAAGAUUUCUUGGGCAAGAUGGGGAGAGGUCCUUGCCAUAGAUAUUGUAACGGACCGCUGGCACUCCGACUGAGUACCUCCGCCAAUUGAUGCUCCUAGCGCUUGCUGAGGACUCCGAGCACUCCAACCGACACUAUCAGCACUGCGGACCCCACUUCCAGCUAUGCAGCUGUGCCGGGGUCUCGCCGUCUCUCACCCACCCUGGAUCCACGACCAGGAUCCAGCUCCCAGUGGGUGAACCUCUCCUAAAUCUAGAGAGCGUGGCAGGAACAAAUCAAGCUCUUACGAGAGCUUACUCUGGGGAGUAAGUGAUUAUAGCAAUCCCCAGAGUGUAGGUAUCCCUUCCCCCAAGCAUGAGCCAAGGCUUCAAGAAAGGUGCAAGUAGGUCUGAUUUAUUGAGGAUUACUUGCCCGGUAUUUAUGCAAGUGUCCACCACGUGGACACUCCCCUAGGGGACCUGAUGGAACAAUGGGACACAUAUUGGAUAUUAGCCAAUCAUAGACAAUACAAACAAAACACUCCCACAUUGACAUCACAAUCCCUCCUUUCUAUCCUGGAGAUAAUUGGGAAGUAAUCAAAUUCCAGGACAGAGGCAAGACUCCAUUAACUACAUGGUUACAAAAAGACAUAAAAUUACAAUUACUACAUAAAACAUAUACAUGCAACAUAUCCCCAGAUAGCUUAGAUCUGAGCGCACAUUAUUACCAAAUGGCGCUCCGAUCACCUACAUACAAUUCAAUCGCCAUGGAGCCAAAGUCUUUAACAUAGUCUUUCAUUACACGAAUAGGCUCCAUGGCAUAGCUAUCUGGGGUAGCACUACUCACAUACUGAAAGUCCCGAACGCCCCGGCAGAAAUACACAAAUAAACCUUUUUUGCAGGGUAAAAUACAGCUAUCAGCACAGGGGCCAUAGUCGGACGCAGGAGGCUAGCCAGUAGUCACCUCCAGGCACAAGUAGCGAAGGGCACUUUGUCACAGAUAUGAUCACAUGGGAAUGGGGUAUAAUCAUUCAGAAAGGAAGACCAUACUUCUAAAAUUAAGUAGUGAUGGAGAUGGAGUUAAUGGGCAGAGUUACAAUCAAAUUUUAACCAUUCGGAGAAAAUAAGUUUGACCAUUGGAUAAGCGACCAGUUUAUCUUGCAGGGUGAUGCUCUGUUAAUUUGGUGUGUCCCCUGUGGUGUCUGACCAAUAUGUACAUUUAAAUAAACCUGCAGAGGUACCAUGUCUGGAGUCAUGACUCACUCCCUUGAACCUGAGUUACCUUAAAUAUACAUAAGGUAUACUCACUUUUCCUGGUUUUGUCGAUGCCUCUGUGCCAGGCUCCAGCCUUAACUCUGAUUUUCCUGGACAGACCGCACUUGUAGGACUUGUUUCAGUGUUAAUCAAAGCUGCUUUAUUUGUGCAGAUUGUACAAAAUAUGUAAGUUUUAGUCUGAAACGUCGACUUACACAUUUUGUACAAACUGCACAAAUAAAAUAGCUUUGAUCAACACGGAUCCUACGAGCACGCUCUGUCAAGGAAAAAAAAUAUAUAUAUACCUUGAUUCACUGUCUUCUUUGUGCAAUAAAAUGCUUUAAAUAGCUUUGACCGUUAAAGAAUAAAUAAUAUUUACCGGUCUCUUUGGUUCACAAAAGCUUAAAGUAUUCUAAAAAACCGCACUGUCUCAGUUAAACAUGUCUGUGAAACACUCCAUCACAGCCUCUUCUAGUUUGAUAAAUAUAAAUAAUUAUUUAGCAAUAAUUAGUAGUUUGUUUUUUUAUUAAUGAGCUAGGUGGGUAAUUGGUUUACCUAUAUGCACUAACCCUUAACUUAAAAAAAAAAAGAAAAGAAAUAAAAACUGCUGGAUUUACUAUUUUUCUAGAAUGUAAUGCCUAUGGUUUGCAUGCUAAUAAAAAAUACAGGUGGGUCACCUAUUAUCGGUUGUGAAUUAAUUGUGUGAAAUGUAAAUUCUCUAAAAAACAUACUCCAGGGUCUAAAAGAUUUAAAAAUACUAAGUUAACUCUUAGCUUAAAUUAAAUAUUUUUUUUUAUUUAGUGAGUUUUUCAUAUUGUAUUCCAGGACAGUCAGAGCGUCCAUGUGUUCUUGUGCUGGUGGAUGACUCCAUUCAUGAGGAGGAGGAAGAACUUCGGUUAGUUCUUGGUACCCCAAAAAGUGAGUCUCCAUUUGGAGCCUCCAUCGGUGAGAUGAAUGAAACCUUGAUCAAGAUCAAAGACGAUGCAGACAGUAAGAUACUUCUAACCUUAAAAACAGAAUGCUAUUCCCAAGGAUCAUACUAGCAUUCCUUCUUUCUAAAUCUCUUUUUACUUUUUCAGAAGCAAUAAUUAAAUUUGGAGACACCAAGUUCAGUGUGAGCGAGCCAAAAGAACCGGGACAGAUAGUCAUUGUAAAAAUUCCAGUUAUUCGUCUGGGAGACACAUCAAAGGUUUCAAUUGUGCGAGUGCACACAAAAGAUGGUUCUGCUAUUUCCGGUGAAGACUACAACCCCGUGUCAGAAGGUAUCCCUGACUUAAUUUAUAGUGUUUCAAUCAAUACCUUGAAGACCUAGCAACCUGUUGGUAUUUAUCAAUGACGCACAUAUUGAUUCUGUGAUGCAAUGAAUGAGGCCUUUAGGCUGCAAAGCAGAGCACAAAUAUGCAGGAAUCUAACUGUUUUAAAUGCUUCUGGGCUCUCUUUCGUUACGUUAUUUCUUGCAGUAGACAUAUACAGUACAAUAAAACUUACAGAAUUCAAUAAAACACAGAGAAAACAUACAUCAGCACAUUCUAUGUAAUUCAUCUCUUUUUAAAGAUCUCAUGAAAGAAUUAAGAUUUUAAUAAUUGGGCCAUGUAAUUUAUCACUGUUUUAAUUCAUGCCAUUUUUGUAUGCAGCCCACAUUUUAUUGGUAUAUUAUAUUGCCCGAUCUUUUUUUCUAAUAUCCACCACAAUUCAAGUUUUAUUUUUCAAUAUAGCUACCGGUAUAUGUAAAAAUAGACAAAGCGUGUGUACUCUUGGCAUACAUUAGCGCAGUGUUUUACUGUUUUAUUCUGGGAGCAUACUCAAACAUUUUAAUAAACAAGCCAAUAUAUGAAAAGGGUAUGCAAAUAUGUCCUUAAUAAAUAUACUAUUAAACAUGACGCCAGGGUAAGAUUUGCAAGAAAAGUAUAUUUACCAUAAUAAUGUACAUGAGAGGGAAUACACAAUUACAAAUUUAACAUGCAAGUUAUUUUCCCUGCUAUAUUUUUUAUAUUUGCAUUAUUGCAAAGUUGAGAAGCUGCGCAAGUCUGGAAUAUAAUAAGAAAUGUACAAGAAUUUCACUUUGUUACCAUUUUCUAUAGUCACUGAGAUUUUUGUUGCUUUUUUUUGUGAAAGGCAAAUUUUUGGCAUCACUAGAGAGCCAAAAUUUAUUUUAGAUUGUUUGGAAAACAAAGAUAGAAAAUAUUGCUAGCAUUUAAGGGCGACUUUAAUUAAGGCAGUGAUCUAAAAAGCUUCCGAGCUGCUUUUAUUAAAAUGAUAUUCCUUUUUUUUUUUUUUUUUUUUUAAAGCCUCCUUUGAAUAUGAGGGUUAUGGUGUGUACGUGGACAUUCUGUCAUAAUUACAAUAGUGCAAUAGGAUAUCUGGAACCAUAUAGAUCAGUGGUGACCAAAAGGUAGAUCCCCAGAUGUUCUAAAACUGCAGCUUCCACAAUGAUUUGUCAUUCUAAAAGCAUUCCAAAGGUAUGCAAAGCAUCACAUCUGGGGAUCUAUUUUUUGGGCACCCCAGAUCUAAAAUCAAAUUGAAUUGCACCUUUCAUUAACCAUAUUAAACCAUAUUAAACCUUUAAAAAGGUUACAUGUUGGUGGUAAAGCCCACAGACUGCUUUAAAGUGAACAUCCAUUUUGACAGAUAGGAAAUAUCUGCGAUGGCACAUCUUCUACUUAGAAACCCAUUGUAUUUUCAGAACUCCGUGGAAUAGAUAGAACUAUUUUUUUUCAUGAAAUGCACUGCGUUUUAUUUUACAGAAAUUGAAUUUAAGGAAGGUGAAACCAAGCAUGUUGUAGAGAUUGAAGUUCUUUAUGAUGGAGCUCGAGAGAUGAGGGAAGCUUUCACGAUACAUCUGAAACCCGAUGAGAAUAUGGUCGCCGAAAUACAGGUAUCAGAGGGAAACCAGCAAAUUGAUUUCUUUCGUGUUUCUGGAUGCAUUCCUACAAGUGAUACGAUACACACAAUAUAAUAGGACCUAACUCCAUGAUAGCUUACAUGCUCUGGAUUUUGCCUUUCAAAUUGCAUCUGCUUCCAUUAAUAAGUUUAAAUAUAAAUGUGUAUUAAUGUGUAACACUCUUCCACCCAGCUCCGAGAUUAAAGGCAAUGAGGUCUACUUCAAAAUAUUAUUUAAAGAAACCAAGAUGAACGAAAUGACUGGUUUUGCUGAAGUGCUAAGUCCCUUCUAUUAAACAGAUUACCAAUGACCAGUCACAGAGCGAGGCCACUUUAUGGCCAUGUGUCAUCUUAUGUCAUUGUCACUAAUCUGCUGCUGUCAUAAAUACAUUGAUAUGGUCAAGAUUCUCCAUUUAUUUUUAGUAGGUACAUGAAUAGAAACACAGUUGCCACUGACAACAUCACUGUUCAUAUCAUAAAUCACUUGCUUAACUACUUGUCUUUUUUAUAAUCCUUUUCAGAUGGCCAAAGCCAUUGUGUACAUUGAGGAAAUAAACAGCAUGGCGGAUGUUACAUUCCCCUCCGUCCCUCAAGUGGUCUCACUUUUGAUAUAUGAUGAUACUUCAAGAGUUAAAGAUAAUCCCAAUCCUGUGGCUGGCUAUCCAGUUGUCUGUAUUACAGUGAGUAUUACAUGCAGGAGGCUAUCAGUGCUUUCAAUCAUUGCAUUUAGGCAUUCUAGUGGCCAUCAACAAGAACUCUCCAACUGCCUGAUGAAAUACAGCCUGAUAGUUGAUACAUGGCAAAUGGAGACAGAAGGCAACAUGUUGUCUACCACUGCUGAUAUAUUAUAUGCCUUCUGAGAUGACACAGAUUCCUAGACUACCUGAUAGUAGUGAACAAGCAUUACAGUACUGCGACUAUGGAUAGGUGAUUCCCACUUCUUUAAGUCUCUGGUUGGAGAAAAGUCUGAAGUCUUAGUAGGCAGUUUGAAGUUUAAAUCAUUAAAAAAAACUCUGUGAUCUGUUUAAAUGAUUCUAUAAAUUUAUAAGUUCCAAUAAAAAUACUGAUUACUGACAUCAGCACAAUCAAGGAAGAAGAUAAGUAUAAUAAUAUAUAAUACAUCUUCUACCCCAUCUAUUAACAUGUUUUCUGAUGGAAUUGCCCUUUAACCUUUGGUUUAAUAUUAAACUAUUUAGGAACAAUUUCAUAAAACCAAGCAAGGGGGUUCUUUUCAGCCUCAAUGACAAAGUGUACUUAACACUUUCAUAUUAUCAAUUACAUUUUCUCACAAUCUGGAUGAUAUUAAAUUUGUUUGUGUGCUGGGUGGAUUAAUUUUUUUGCUUGUUUGUUUCUUCUUACAGGCAUGCAACCCGAAAUACUCUGACUAUGACAAAACGGGUUCCAUAUGUUCUAGUGAGAAUAUUAAUGACACCCUGACUCGUUAUCGCUGGCUGGUGAGUGCCCCCACCAGCCCGGAUGGAGUUACCAGUCCCUUGAGAGAGGUGGACUUUGACACAUUUUUCACCUCUUCCAAACUUAUUUCUUUGGAUUCCAUAUACUUUCAAGCUGGUUCUCGUGUGCAAUGUGCAGCUCGUGCCGUGAACUCUGAUGGAAGUGAAGGCCUGGAACUCAUGAGUCCUAUAAUAACUGUUAGUAUAGAUGAAGGUAGGUCAUCAGGUGAUAGAAUAUGGCAACAUUAUAAAAGGAGGUACACAGGCCUAAAUACACAGGUUCUUUCUCAAAGUUUAAUUACUUAUUUUUCUAGUUACCUUUUUCCAUCUGUAGGUAAAAUUGAUAAAACCGUGUAUACAUUUGUCAAUGGAAGCUGAAUCUAGCACACAUAUUUGCGUUCUUUGAUAUAAUGAAUAAAUUAUUGCACAAUUUUAACAAAAUUGGACUUUUUUCACUUAUCUAUAAAUCAGCUAGCAGAGUGAAAAAGAACAAAAAAAUUGAAAAUAAAGAACUACAUAAAGAGGCACUCUAAGCACUAUAACUACUAUGGUUCAUUGUAGUGGUUAUGGUUGAAGGCAUAUUUGAGUGUAUUUCCUUUGCUUCUUGUCAACUCUAAGAUAUAACUCAUUAUUUCUGUGUUUUAUGGUAUCAUAUUUUUAAUUUUAUAAUCUUUAUCCCUAGGACUUUGCCACCCUAGAGUGCCUGGAGUUGUUGGUGCUGAACCAUUUUCUGCUAAAAUGCGCUACACUGGAUCAGAAGAUUCAGAUCACCCAAACCUUAUUAAAGUGACCGUUACACUCCCUCACAUUGAUGGUAAUCCAAGACAGCUUGUUUAUACAUUAUAGUGCCAAUUGGCUGUUUGACUCCUUCAAGCUUUGAUGUUGUACAUAGGAGCAGGGCCAAUGAGAAUUCUAAACAUAAUCCUUAGUUAAUCAUAAAAUUAUACUCAGAAUGAUCCCAUUUCCUAAUGUUGCUUAUACACUUUGUUUUAUUUUUAAUCCACCAUCCAGCCAUUCUAAAAGGUUUAUUAGUCAAAGUGAUUGUAUCAAUUAAACAAAGAUAAUAUAUGAAUGUAUAACUUGUAGUAGAAUAGCUGGAGAUAGCUCAUUAACUUGGCUAGGGACUGGCCAUUAUUACUACUAUACAGAUAUAUAUUUUUUUUCCAUCAUGUUUUUAAGGUAUGCUCCCGGUGAUAUCUACAAGAGAACUGUCUAACUUUGAACUUACUCUGAGCCCUGAUGGUACAAGAGCUGGAAACCACAAGUGUUCCAACCUUCUGGAUUACAAUGAAGUUAGAACUCGCUAUGGAUUCUUAACAAAUUCCACCAAGAAUCCAGAUUUAAUUGGGGAGACCUCUCCUUACCAAUAUAGUCCACAGAUCAGAGGAGUUAAUGCUCUACGUUUCUACAAGAACCUUAACUUGGAGGCUUGCUUGUGGGAAUUUACCAGCUACUAUGACAUGUCGGAGCUCUUGACUGAAUGUGGAGGAACAAUUGGUACAGAUGGACAGGUAUUUUGCAUUUAGCAAAAUUUAGAUUCUUUUUUAAACUACUAAUAAUUCCAAAACAGAUAUACAAAUAUAAAAUAAAAGGUGUUCAACUGAAAUUCAGUCAUUUAUGUUACUUCUCAUAAUGACCGGGUUUUGAUAUUUGUGACCCGUACAUAUACUGAGAAAAUCGCAGUGGAACACAAUUAAUCCCUGAUACAGAUCCCUUUAGUAACAUUUGAUUUUUCAUAUGACAGAACUCUUGUGUACUAGAUAUUUUUUCUGAAAACAUAUUUUCUUGAUUUUGUUUUAAAUAGUUGGUCGGUGCUUUUUAAUAUAUUCUAGCUGGCAAUACUGGUGACAACUAGAGAUGUCGCGAACCGUCCGCGAACUUCUCGUGAACGGUUCGCCACGGGUCGCCACGAGCUGUUCGCGGCGAACUCCGGUCAGCUGACACGUCCCGGCCAAUCUCCAGCAGACCCUCCCUCCCAGACCCUCCCAGACUCUCCUACUUCCUGGACAGCAUCCAUGUUUCGACAUGGAUGCUGUCCAGGAAGUAGGAGGGUCUGGGAGGGAGGGUCUGCUGGAGAUUGGCCGGGACGUGUCAGCUGACCGGAGUUCGCCACGAACAGCUCGGCGAGAAGGCGAACCGUUCGCGAGAAAUUUGCGGACGGUUCGCAACAUCUCUAGUGACAACCAAUCAAGCAAUCAUUAUUUGCCAAUUAUUUUUAUAAGCAAAAGUAUGAUAUUUACUAGUAAUUUUGAACUCAUUAAGGAAUGUUUUCCACAUAUUGUUCCCAGAUUUUACCACAUUAAGAAGAUCAUAGGGUUAUAUACUAAACUCUAUAUUAUAAACAAAAUGCUCAAACUUAGGUACAAUAUUUAAAAUGGACAAAUAAAUUACAGUUUAUCUGUCCACAAAAGACAAUAACAGUUGGCAUUGUUUUAAUAAUCUUGUCAGUAACAUUAAAGCUUGUGUAGAAAUGAGGAGAACUUAUGUAGGAAUCGUAGCAAAUUGAAUAUUAAUGAAGCUCUAACUCAUAACAGAAUUGCACCCAAAUCCAUCAAGUGAGACAUUAAUACAGGCUAGGUUCUGUGGCAUUGAUUUAAAUAUCUCUAAAGUAAUUGCCAAGAGGCAGUUGACUAGUGCUCCAGCCGCAUCUCUCCAUCUCUUUACAUGGGUGUAAAAGGUCAUUUGAAGGAUAAAGCAGUGUUGGAAACUUUGGACAUAAGCACUGGGCAUAGUAUUGUUAUUGUUACAUGUGUGCAACGUGAAAUCCUGGUUUACCAGUAUAUAUUACUACUUAUAGGGAUACUAUCAUCACCUAAACCACUUCAUCUCAAUGAAGUAGUCUGGGUGACAUGCCGCCCCUCCUUCCACCCAGUUUGCAAGUGAAUAUAUUGCCAUUAUGCAGAACAGUAAUGCUUUCAUUACAAGGUUUAAAUGCCUCUAGUGGUUGGCACACAGACUAAGAAACUGCUAUUCAAUCAGAUGGUUUUAUAGAGACUAUGGGAAAGCAUUGGGUUGGCUGAGAUCAUUGAUCUUGAUUAUAUCAGCCGAGGAGAUGGGACAGCAGUGUGGAGACCAGCAUCGGAGGGAGAAAAGUUAUUCCUUAGUCCUAACGUUACAGAUCAUAUGGGUGGGGCAUUGUGAUGUCACAUGGUGGGCAGAACAUAUGGGGGUGGCAAAUUUUUGUUUGCUUAGGGCGGCAAAAAUCCUUGCACUGGCCCUGCCUGGAAAUAUAGAAAAGGUUUGCAAUCCCUUCACCAUCUAGUUAAUUUGUAGACAUCAGAAAAAGUAUGUGAAAUGGUACAUGUUCACACCACUCCCCCACACUAGUAUUUAUUUACAGGGAUGUCCUCUGACCAAUCAUGAAAACAAUAAAUCCAGUAAAUUAACAUUUUUACAUACUAUAAUAUACCUUCUGUCCAACAAAAAUGACAAUUUUAAAGCUUAACUAUUACAAUAAAAUGUGAAAAAUACAAACACAUAUUAAUAAUCCACACACUUUAGGAUACCCAGAGAAAGAAUAACAUGCUGCUAAUUUCUAUAACCCUGAGAGCUGUGUUCUAGAUCAGCAAUGUAACCUGCCUAUGCUUUGGCAUUACGGAUAAUUUAGGAUACAUGUCCAUUGCCUACAAAGUACAACCGAAUAUUAGCCAUCACUACUCUAGAGUUUUGAUGAUGAUUUUAGAAACACUUAGUGGAAACAAUUUGAAAGUCAGUGAACAAAGUAACUACCAUUGUAGAGUAAGGGUGGGUGAUGUCUUCUAUAGAUAGAGUUUAGAUGUGUUUAGUGACUUUAAAAUGGUCUGUUUUACAUGUCAAAGCUUACCUCCUCAACUGCCGCAGUUUCAAUCUCUAGACCUUCAUUCACACAUCAGUAAGGUUUGCAUCUUCUAAUGACCUUGUCAAGCUGUGAUAGAUUCAGUGAUGGGCAUUAUCUAUAAAGCCAUUGUUUACUUGGCAAUAGAAAUCUUAAUGGGGUCACAAUUCUUUUCAAACCGUAACAAUUCUCGUCAAUCAACAACUAAAUAGGGUAAAAAAAAAUAACUAUCUGUAUUAUUAAUGAUUUUGUUUGUUUGUUAAAGUUUAAACUAUUUAGGUGAGAAGAAUUUGACUUAUAUGUAUGAAGAGUUAAGUAGCAAUUACUAAUAAAAGUUGGAUACCUUAAUACCUAAAUGUUGGGUAACUUAAUAUACAUUAUUGUGAAAAAGUUACUUUUCACUAAAGUUUCUUGCGGUAGAGUAGUCUUCAAAAAAGUCUUGAAUGUUGUUGCAAUAAACAAUUAUUUAAAGGAAGACACUAAGUACCAUAACUACUUAUGUAAUAUAUGCAAAUUCCCUCAUGAAGCAUUCAAAGUCUAGCUUCUUUCUACCCGUUCUUUUUCUAGCAUGGUGCGAAUACAAAUGUGCUAAACUGUACAAAUUCUAAUUUACAAUAACAAGUUUUAUAUUCGUUCUAUGAGAGAAUCUAUAUUGUGACCAUGCACUGACAGUCUCAUUCUUUGAAAAAUAAUUAAUAGACCUUUAUGGCAUGCCAUGCUAUAAGUCUAGGCUUUGCACUGUGAAACGAGCAUUUGGACUUACCUUCAAGAGCUGUCUGGACAAACCACUUUUAGAUAUUACUAAUAUUCUGCGUGUUUGUGUGUAAAGCUAUAACUCACUAAGUACAUCAACAUAAAGACUACACGAAAGUCCUUCUUUAUGGAAAUUAUAACCCGAACUUCACAAAAGACAAGAUUUUCCCAUAAUACACACAUUGCUAGUAUGUGUCCAUGCUCCUACCCCCAGUCAUUUGGCAUUUGUAGAUACAGUGGUUGAGUCAUGUUCCAGGAUUUCAACCCACCUGAUCAUCUAGCUUCUGUAGUCUGUUAGGACAGAUUAAAUGCAGGACCUGCCCCUGUACACUUACACUGCUUAAGGGGCCCGGGCCACCUAUGCAUAUAUGUAGCAAUUACUGCUAUAGAUAUAUGCUGUUCCUGGCCCCUGCAGCCUCGACUAAUGAAGAGGUGGCCAGAAGUCUAAUCUCCCCCUCCAGCAACAGGUGCUGUCCUCUUUUCCCUCGACCCGAGAGAGCAUUGCCAAGGGUUAGAGCAUUGCCAAGGGUUACCAUGGAAUGCAAUGCAUGCCAGAGCAUUACCAUUGCAACCCCCAGCUGUGCUCUCGCAGCUCGAGGGAGGAGAGGACAGCACCUGCUGCUAGAGGAGUAUCUUCAAAAUCUUCCAGUCCACCGAGCCACUGGACCACCAGGGAAUCAUGUGUCCCCCUCCCUGCCCACAUGUAAGAGGUAGGGGAGGAGGAAUAAACAGAUUGUUCAAUUUAAAAAACACUGUUCACCCCUCACAUUAAACUUAUUCGACACCACAACACAAUGCAUGCACUACACACACAAUGCAUUCACCGCACACACACUGCAUGCAUUACAAACACUCUGCAGAUCGGCUAGAAUAGUUAGAGUGAUGAUGAUUUUGGCUGGGGCUGACUGAGAGAAUGUGAUGGGUAAGGUUAUGUUAAUAACAAAAGAAAAGAAAAUACAAUGUGUGAGAAAAUCUAGUUUGUAUAUUUUAUAUGCAUUACCAGCAUUGUUAGUAAUAUUAUAUGUGCAGUUAAAUAACAAGGUAUGGUACAUGCCUCCUGGAAUUGUCACAUAGUUAUUUCCGUUCCUAUUUAUAUAAAUGGAGAUUUAAUGCAAAUUCUGAUACACUAACCUUGGAGUCGUUUUCAUGAUAGGUGCCUGAAGGGCUAAAGCUUAACGUUUUUCUUAAGGAAUUAACAGCUUUCAAACACUAAAUUAUAAAUUGUGCAUUGUUUCUAAUCAACCAACCUUAGAAAAGGCUAAUGCAGCUGAAUUAUUUAUAAGAAUUAAUUUGAAGUAAUUGCAGCUCAGGUUAUUAAUUAGGUUUAUUCUGCGUGCCUUGAAGUGCAAGCUGGCCAUUUAAUGAAUAAUUUUUAGAUAAUUCUAUUGUUCCUUUAUCAAGGUGCUUCCAUUUGGCAAGCAAUAUAUCUCUUCUGACUCCUGACAGCUAUGCCAAUUGUUGGGAGUAAGUGGUUCCAGUCUUGGCAUGGACACAAGGGGAAAUAAAUGCUGGUGGAAUGUAAUGCAGAGAAUCAUACUAAACUGAGUCCCUAAACAGUGUUUUGUGAUGGGAUCACACCUAACAAUAUUUAGGCCAAAACUGCCUGGUUAUUUCAUAUUGUUAAAUUAUAAAGCCGAGACAUUUUCCAACUGCAAUAAUUUGGUGUAAAUCUUGCAAGUAGUUGGGUUACAUAGUUAUACAGUAAUCUAGGUUGAAAAAAUAUUCAAGUCCACGAAGUUCAACCUUUAAAACACAUUGUUAUGCCGUUGAUCCAAAAUAAGGCAAAACCCAAUUUGAAGUGACAGUCAAUUAUGCCACAAAAAGGAGGAAGGGGACUUCAUAAUGACAAUCAGAUAUUUUUCUUGGGUCAAAAACUUGCUCACAUGCAUAUUAAUUAUAACCUUGAAUAUUCUGUAGGCCUGUUUUUAAAAAAAUAUCUACAGAAUCUGAUAAGACAACCUCUUUAAAUAAAUAGUUCCACAUAUUUAUUGUUCUUUCUGUAAAGAACAUUUUUCUCUGCUUUAAACAAAAACUCCUUUCUUCCAGUCUCAAUGGAUAACCUUUUGUCUGUGCUAAUGAACAGGUUAGCACAGAGUGGUUUGUACUGACCAUGUUUAUAUUUGCAUAGUGCUAUCAUAGCCCCUCUGGGGUGCCUAUUUUUCUAAAGAAAACAAUUGCCAUUUUUCAUAACUAAUGUUUUCCAUCCCCUUGUUAAUUCUGAUGCUCACCUUUGUACUUUUUCUAGUUCUGCAAAAUAAUUCUUAAAAACUGGUGUCUAGAAUUGCACCACAUAUUUAAAGUUAGAUCUUACCAUUGUUAUACAAAGGGGCAAAAUUAUAUUUUGAUCACAUGAAUCUAAUGUAGAUUGAUUUCUUUAAUGUAGAAGUUGCUUGUGGGUGGCUUCCUUAUUCCACAAUUCAUGAUUUUGCAUUUAUUAGUAAUAGUAUUGAAUCUCAUCUGCCACUCGCCUGCCCAGUCCUCCAGUUUAUGCACAUUAACCCAAUAAGUUCUUGGCGUAAUGUAGCAGAUUGGAGAGAUUGCUGGAUGCCGUGACAAAGCAUAAAGCAAUAACCACGGACACGUGUUCAGCCAAUAGCUAAAGUAAGGUCGGCAUAAGAGUAUAGACAAAAAAUGUAUGUGCUGCAUUUCAGUAUUUCAGUUUUGCCCAUUUGCUGUUGAAGGUGCAACUCCAACUCCGGCAGCCUCAUUGGGGCAUGUCAAUUCUGUGCAAAUUUUCAUUUGCUUGCAGUCAGCUGACACUCUCAGCCAAUGAAUGGAAACUGAAUUGGGUUUCUGAAGCUCUGUGGAAUCAGAAACACGUCACCAAGGAUACUUGGCUUGUUUGCCCCAUGACAACAGAACGAGGCCAGGGUACUCCUCGCAUCAUAACCACUACAGCCCGCUUAAUUUAAUCCUUUAAAUGUGUGUCAAGAUUGGAUGAACCUCUUCCUGGUCUCUGUAGUUCUUACUUCAGAUGCUGCAAAACCUGUAGAUUUUUAAUAUGUGCAGGAACAUUCAAAUGUAUCUUCUAUUUUUCUAAAUUGAAAUGGGGGGGUUCUUCCAUAGACUUUCAUGUACUAGCUAUACAAUCCAUACAGCAAGAAUGGAUCAAAUACAGGUUGCAGUGCCCCAUUUAACUGCAUACAUUUAGCUGUUUCCUAGCAGUGUUGCUGUUGAUCAAUCAGCACCUGAAGCUUUGCAGUUGUUCGCACUUUUAACUAAUGCAGUAGGAUUUCUCAUUAGCGAGCUAUCAUACUGCACAUGUUUUGCUAGGAAUGCCUGGGCACUUAUACAGUGACCCUUGUGAACAAGUCACUUCUGCAUAUAUCAAUAAACGUUGAUGUCAGUCUGUUUGAUUUAGUAACUGCUCAGUGCAACCCACCAAUGGCCAAAGUGCAUUUGUAGCUACAGAGUCUCUUUAAACCCUGCACUCUAGACAAUACCUACAUCUCUAUGUUGUAGAGUGCUGUCAUUGCGUAUGCUUUAAUAAUGACACUAUGUUUUUGGGGCUGCAAAUUUGCAAGUUUCAGCCCCUUGGGUGGUCUCCUGUCUAAUUUUACCAUUUACUUUUCAAAUACAAGAUUGAUUUUGAAACAGAAUUCAAUGUCAUAUUUACAUUUCUACAUUCCUUCUUAUCUGGAGCAGACUGGUGGCAUAACACUUGGACCAUUUAAUCCAAAUGAAUAUUGAGUAUAUAUAUUCAUUUUUAUUACGGAACCGUUAUUGUAAUUUUAUUUUCUUUGAAUUUUUAUUUUUAAUUUCUUAUCUGAGAAAAUGAAUGGGUUUUUACAGAGAUCUCCUAAUUAUCAUAACUGGAGGAUGUGGGCUUCUGCUUAGCAGAAGGUCUGAAGUCGCUCAUACAUUUGAAAGGAUUGGGGGAUGCUAAAAAACUCCCCCCCCCUCCCCAUCCCAAAAGACAAGAGCUUGAUAGAUUUUCUAGGUUGUUAUAUCUGCUGUGGUGUAAUGUAGGUAGCAGCAUAGAACAGAUAGAUUAGACAGAGACAACUAACAGGUAGAACAUUUAGGAAUGUAUAUUUUCAGCGCAGGUUGCAGAAUUGUUAAUUAAGUCAUAUUUAAUAAGUUAUUACUAAUUGUUUUUAUUAGUUUUUUCUCAGUGCUUUGUCUAUGUCAUAUUUAUAUGAGUACUAGAACACAAUUCAGUGGCCCCAACCUGGAUAACUGGUGAAGAAGCAUUGCAUUGCAUAACUCAGUAGAUGUGCAGUAAUGCCAUUGACAGCUGGGGGGCAGCACAUGCAUAGGGACGCAUGCAUGUAAUAUUCUAUUCAAAGUUACAGUGCUGGCUUUAUCCUCAAACUAGGACUGUACUGUUCAGCAGCAGGUUUGGUUUUUUUUUUGUUUUUUUUUGUUUGUUUUAACUUGCAGUCCCCAUAUUAAAGUGGUCAUAGGGUACACCUCAGUUCUUUAAGUACCAUAAGUAGCAUUAACGGCUCUUCACUUUCAAUCUACCUGAUUGCACUGAGAUUAUUGGAUGAGCAGUGAACUGUAACAUUGUGCAAUCAUAUUACUUACAUUCAUUGGGUCCUAGUAGCCAUAAUGUGUAAGAGGGAUAUAAUGGAGUAUGUUUAUCAAAGUAUUCUAAAUGCAGUCAUUAGUUGGAUCAUAGUUAUUAAAGUGAUCAAAAAGUGAUGGCUUUCUUCAUUAUACAUUUCAACAGUUUUCACAGAAAUUUCGAUUUACGGAUUUAUAGCAGCAAAAAACUUAUGCCACUUUUCUGUCGGAAAAAGUAUCAGGAAACAUUCAUAAUUCUGCUGUAUCAGCAAAAAAUGGUGCACAUGCAAAAAAUGAUAGUUAGAGUGCAAAAAGGUCCUCGCUGGUAGCUUGUGAUAGUGAGCUAAUGACAUCAUGAAAGGCAGAGUCUAAUAUUGUUUGAAUGUGAGUGCUGGUGGGAGAAUAAUUUCUCAGACUCCGUCUUUUUAUUACCUGAAUUAUGUUAACGUGACCGAUGUGCUCCAAUAUUAAGUGGAAAGUAAGCUAGCUCUCUGUAGUAAACCUGACAAUAUACAAUCAUCUUCAAACUGUCCUGGUCCAGUUAUAGAUUACUCCUUACUUAUCUCCGAAUCCUGGAGACAGCAAAAUAUCUUUAUAAAUGCAUUUUUUUAAUACAUUAACAACAAGCUAUUCCACGCAAGGUGACAUAUGAGUUCUUGGUAAUUCAAUGACCCUCUAUGUAUAACCCCCAAAAUAAGUGCUCUUCCUUUAGAUAUUUGAAAUGUUGGAAGGUAAAAUAUCACUAUAAGUAUUUUAGUUUAAAAUACUUUUAUGGCUGACUUUAGAGAUAAGUUGGAGCAGGUUAUGAAUUAAUCUCCUGAUCUAUGUUUCUUUAUCUUACUGAGUAGACAAAAUAUGUAAUUUGUAAAAUACAGCAAGCAGUGAUUAAACUUGAAAUGUUGUGGAAACCUAUGAUCAACUAACCAGCCGUUAACCGACUAUGAUCAAAUACCCACAACUUUUUUGGAUCAACAGCAAAAACAUAUGUGAGGAAGGCUGAACUUGAUGGACGCAAGUCUCUUUUCAGCUAUGUAACUAUGUAAACUACCCAGUCUAUAACUAGAGAUGUCGCGAACCGUCCGCGAACUUCUCGCGAACGGUUCGCCGCGGUUCGCCACGAGCUGUUCACGGCGAACUCCGGUCAGCUGACACUUCCCGGCCAAUCUCCAGCAGACCCUCCCUCCCAGACCCUCCUACUUCCUGGACAGCAUCCAUCCAGGGUCUGCUGGGGAUUGGCCGGGAUGUGUCAGCUGACCGGAGUUCGCCGCGAACAGCUCGUGGCGAACCGUGGCGAACCGUUCGCGAGAAGUUCGUGGACGGUUCGCGACAUCUCUAUCUAUAACAUCAAAAUUCUAAAGAAAGUAAACAAAAGAGGUCAAUAGAUCCAAAUUGUGCACACACACACACACAUUAUUAUAGAAUAUGUAUAUAUUGUAUUAAUAGCCCUGUGCUAAUGCAGACCUACUGACUGAUUUGAUCUCUGUAUACAAAAAAGUGCACAUCAGAAACUCAAGAUUAUAUAUUGAUGAUAUAUCUGACAGUUCAACAGAAUCAUUCAUUUUAUAUUUAUUUUGUAAAUCUUGGCAACCAUGAACUUGGCAGCUCUUAAAGUGUGUACAGAUCACAGUUUCACGCAAGCCAUUGAAAGAAUGCAGUCUCCGUACGGAUGCAUUGCACCUGUGCUGUGUAUGAUUAGCAGUAAAGCUGUUUAAAGAGUAGAGUCUCCAAACAGUCUGUUCUGUUUACACAUUCAGUCAUCAUUUUAAAGCAGGAACAGCUGUGAUCCUAUUCACUAGGGUUUCUGAAAGCACAUAGAAAAUAGAAAAAGAUUAAAUGGUAACGAACGGUAGCCUCAUUUUAUCACAUCUCUCUGUGGGCUUCAGGGGAACAGUGCAACGCGGAUUUGUUUCUUUGUCUGUCAAGAUGUCAGUAGAUUAUUUAAUGGAUACGCAAUAUUGUAUCUUUGCCGUUAACUUCUGUGUGAUAUAAAUGCUCCUUGAUGUAAAGUCAAGUAACUGCUAAACAAGACUUCAUUAAUUGAGUGUACACCUGAAUACCUGUAUUUCAAUCCUUGCUUAUUUUUUUUAGUGUUGUAGUAAACAAUUGAAUUUCUGCCAUUUUAUGAAUGAAUAACAGCAAAAGGGGUGUAUGAAUUAAACAACCUGAAGGGCUUCAGUCUUUUCAUCAAUUAAAAUUACUGUUACUGUUGCUGACAAACGAUUUCACGGGAAGUCCAAAAAAAAAAGACAUAUUACUGGAAUCUAAAGUUUGUCAACUGAUAUUUUCAAGUAUCAUUGACAAAGAAUGUUCUGCUUUAUGGGUUAGUACUACAACUUAAAAAAGUAUUUUCAUAAAAAAGUGUUUUUGAUUGUAGUAGGUAGCAUGACUUCCCCUGUAAAAAAUAAAUAUAUAUAUAUAUAUAUAUAUAAAGAAGCAAAGGGUAAAUUUAUCUGCAACACCUCACUCCCUCACUUUCUGUAGCCUGGUCUUCCUCUGGGGAUGUCUCUACACUCACUGCAUAGGGAUGCAUGUCUCGGAGCAUAUAUAUUUAAAUUCUACGUGCGUAUUUAUGUAAUAUUUUUACAUAAUGAAGUAAUUUUAUUGAAGUGAAGACUUGGGGGGCCUUGACACCAUUGGUCAUCUGUCGCCAGAAUGUUAUGCAUGCUGACAACCAGCCAAUAUGCACAGAUGUAAAGGACAACUAAAGUCACCCAGACCACUUCAUCGAUAUGAAGUGUUCUGGGUUCAGUGGCCCUGUAGUUUUAAUCCGCAAUGUAAAGCAUUACAGUUUUGUAGAACAACUUGUAGAACCACUAGAGGCGCUUCUACAGGAACAACUGAGUAAUAUGACCAAUGCUACUUAGAAAAAUGCAUUCAAUUCAGUGCUUUCCUCUAAAAAGCAUAUGGUUGCCCUGGUGGAACUUGCCACGCAUUCUCAUCAGUUUUCAAUGUUUCUCUGCAUUGGAUUGGCCAUUGGCGAGAUGAUGAUGUGGAAGGAGGCACAAGAGGCGGUGCUAAGGGGGGAACCAAAAUGAAUCAGUAUUCCUAACGCUAUAGCGCUCAGUGUAUCUUUAACAUUAACCAACCAUAACUACCAUUCCAGGCUGGCUAAUGAUGCUGCCAGAGGUAAACCUGUGGCAGCACCUCAUAGAUCUCUGAAUGUGCAGAGUUUCAAUUGAAUUCACUGAAGUGGUCAUGGUUCUUGAAGUAAUCUUAUAAGAAACCUAUUUAGGAGUAUCAAUUGAAAUGCUUGAUUCUCUUAACAGAGUAAUGAUUUACUACUGAAUGGUAUUUUUUCUAUAUAUUUUAAUGCAUGAAUUGACAUUCAGUAAGAAGAGUAAACCAUUACUUUUCUUAGAGAAUCCGACCCGAAGUGUUAGGUUCUUCAAAAUUCUAACUUGUAUUCCUGUCAAAUCCUUUGCAGAAUGUUGAAAUAUAUUGUUACUCAAAUAAUUGGCAAUGGUUCAAUUGUAUAAAAUGCCACACUCUUUAUUAAAAUACCAAUUAUUUUCUUUCAACUAUAUCUAAUAUUAGACUAUAAGAAGCCUAUUGCUAUCACAGUUAAAUUGCGGCAGUAAUGAAAUUGUCUCUUUUGUUUAAAGGUCCUGAAUCUCGUACAGUCCUACGUGACCUUGCGGGUACCGUUGUAUGUAUCUUAUGUAUUCCACUCUCCGGUGGGUGUUGGAGGAUGGCAGCACUUUGACCUACAUUCUGAGCUUCGUCUGACAUUUGUGUACGACACUGCCAUCUUGUGGAAAGAUGGAAUUGGCAGCCCUCCUGAAGCUGAACUACAAGGUACAAAUAUGGAACUAACAGGAAAGUCUGUAACAUACUGUGAUGAUCAGCAUAGGUUUUUUGUUUUUUUAAAUAAAGAAUACUUAGCUUCUGCAUAAAGAGGCACUGUGAAGAUAACAUUAUUAUUCUAGAUUUUUAUUUUUUUAGCACUUUCAUUAGAGUAGCUAAAGAGUAGCAUUCUUCAAUAUAUUCGAAUCGAAAACAGCUGCCUUUUUAAAAUAAGCCAGACAUGUUCACUGAUAUUAAUUCACUGUAUUGGAUAUUAUGGGAAACGUAAUAUUAGCGUGACCUUUAAGAAGGUAGCUGUCAAAGUAGCUGCUGAUGUCAAAAUUAUAUUGAAGUGUAACUUUGCUUACUUAAAUAUAAAAUGUAAAUAUAAAUAGGAAGAUACAAUAAGUAUUAGCUAAAAUAAUACGUUCCUUAAAAUACUCUGUCAACAUGAAAAUUACUUUAAUUCUGAAGAAGUCAGAAUUAAGUCAUUGAUCUUGAUAUUACAGAAAAUGAUUGUAAAUCUAAAAUAAUUCUAAAUGUUAUACUUUCUUAAAUGAAUAAUUAUUGGUAUAGUGCAAUAUUGAGCGCAGUGUUACCAAACGUACUAAUUGAUUUUUUUUAAUUAUUCUUUUUAGGAUCUUUGUACCCAACCAGCAUGCGUAUUAAUGAUGAAGGGCGCCUGGUGGUUAAUUUUAAAACGGAAGCUCGAUUUAAUGGUCUGUUUGUUAUGUCACAUUCUGGUAAGUAUAUUUUAACUUUAAUAAAGUGUAUAAAAGGAAACUAAUAAGGCUUUUAAAUUACUCAGUUUGUCAUAGCUGUAGAUAUUUAAAUGCAAAACAAAGGGAAAUUUAAAAAAAAAAACCAGAACUAUGGACUUUAUACAAGCAUGUACUAGUGUGCAGGUUGGAGUGAUACUAUGUCGGCCCCAACUCCCAUUGUCCUCCUGUUCCAGACACUGAAAAGGUAUGUGUCUCCUGAUUUACAUGACAGAGUUUGAAAUACAAAUGUUAUCUCUCUUAUUUUGCCUUAGAAUAUAAAACAAUAUCUGUAGUCUGGAAUGUUUCUUAAAUAGAAAACACCAGUAAGGUGAUUCCAUUAAGUCAACAAUAGAAUGCAUAGUUUUGUCAAUAUAUGGAUGUUUGUGAAAGUAAGGAGCAUGUUAAGGAAAUGGCACAUAUAUAGUGAUUUUGCCAAUUAGAAUCGGCAAGCAUAUUACAGUUGUAUUCUUGCCUAUAAAACUAAAUGGUAAAUCCAUGAAUUAUUGAAUCCAAGAAUCACAUCAAGCAUGUUGGCACUUUACACAAAGUUUCUGAUAAGUCUGAAGAGAAACAUUGCUAUGGAUAUGUUAUAUUGUGAGUAUGGAGGUGAUAGUGAUUACUAUGGGUAGCUUAAAAAGAUGCAAAGAAAAUCUAUUUCACCCCCAAAUGCCAAAAUGCUGUAUUACAGGAAUAAUAUAUUAUAUUUAUUUAUCGAUGUUACCAAAUUACCAUUCUGUAGUAAAGUGUCAUUAUGUACUGUGGUGUAACCAAUCUGUAAUGGAGUGCAUUGACUUUUUCUAUUUUCUAAUAUUACUGAAUGAUCAUUUCACAUUGGAGUGUUAAUCAAGAUUCAAUAUGGAAUGUUACCGAAUGACCAUUCUAUAUUGAUAUGUUACUGAGUGACCAAAAUGGAGUAUUACUAAAGUGACCAUUCCAUAUUAGAGUGUUACCAAAAAGACUAUUCCAUAUUGAAAUGCUAUCAUGUGAUCAGUCUAUAUUCUGAAUAACCACUGCAUUUUGGUGUGUUACAAAAUGACCAUUCAGUAUAGAAAAAAAUAUAUUAAAUGACCAUUCUCUAAUCGAGUGUCAGCCAGUCCAAAUUAGUGUGUUACGGAAUGAUCAUUCCAAAAUGGAGUGUUACUCAAGUGAUUAUUACAUAUUAAAGUGUUACUGAAUUACCAUCGCAUAUUGUAAUGUUACCAAGGGACCUUUCAAUUUUAGAUUGUUUCCCAACGAUCAUUCUAUAUUGGAGUGUUUCCCAACGAUCAUUCCAUAUUGGAGUGUUUCCCAAUGAUCAUUCCAUAUUGAAGUGUUUCCCAAUGAUCAUUCUAUAUUGGAGUGUUUCUCAAUGAUCAUUCCAUAUUGGAGUGUUUCCCAAUGAUCAUUCCAUAUUGGAGUGUUUACCAAUAGUGAUGUCCCGAACGGUUCGCGAACGGUUCGCCACGGACUCAUCAUUGAGUAAACUUUGACCCUGUACCUCACAGUCAGCAGACACAUUCCAGCCAAUCAGCAGCAGACCCUCCCUCCCAGACCCUCCCACCUCUUGGACAGCUCACUAAGAAUGCAGCUUCAAAAUGGAUGCUGUCCAGGAGGUGGGAAGGUCUGGGAGGGAGGUUCUGCUGCUGAUUGGCUGGAAUGUGUCUGCUGACUGUGAGGUACAGGGUCAAAGUUUACUCAAUGAUGAGUCCGCGGCAAACCGUUCGUGGCGAACCGUUCGCAAACCGUUUCGGCGAACCGUUCGGGACAUCACUAUUUACCAAUGAUCAUUCCAUAUUGAAGUGUUUCUCAAUGACCUUUUCAUAUUGGAAUGUUUCCCAAUGAUCAUUCCAUAUUGGAGGGUUUCUUAAAAAUUGUCAUUCUCUAUUACUUUUAUGCUUUUCAACCAUUAAAAUGGACAGACAUUGUAUUUAUGUAUUUUAGGUGGAUAUUUAGCAAUAAUGGUGUCUUCUUUUAUCUAGCCACAUUGAUGAGUUCAAUGAUCAUGUCAGUAGAUCAUCCAGGUCUUACAUUUACCCUCAGCCUUGUGCGGAGUGAGCCAACUUUUAACCAGCCUAUUCAGCAGUGGAGCUUCGUCUCUGAUUUUGCUGUAAGUAGAUGACCAAUACUUGCUUUUGUCUUCAGUAGCACAGAUAAAGAACCUAUACGCUAUGAUCCCAUCAUACUCCACCAGAUAUGACACUACAAUUACAAAUAUUUUAAAUAGUAUUUAAAUAAGCAGUCAAAAAAGAACAUUGUAUUGGGGCAUAAGGAAGAGAAUAGCUAUUCAUGUAUGAAAAAGUUACAUAUUUUUUUCUAAAAUAAGUAAAGCAAAUCAUAAUAUAUAUUUUACUUCCCAAACAUUUUGGGAUUUUAUCUUCUUUUCUGAUAGUAUCUUCAUCUGUUAUAAAGUAAUUGAAUGAACCUGGUGAGAUAAAAUUGGAGGUUCACUGUGCAAACAUGCGUGAAAGUGUGUCAGGACAUAAUCUGAGCUUUAUUCUUAUGAUGACUGGGUUCAUGUCUUUACUCACUGGCACCAUUUUCAUAAUCAAUAACGGAAUAGAUAAUGUAAAUACGGGUGUAUGCAAAAAUAAAAAAAAUUCUAUUUUUGUAUGGUACAUCAUUAAGAAUUAGAAAAGGUAAUGAUUAUAAAAUCAGCUGGUUGGUACUGGAAAGUCCAGGUUCGACUCCUGGUCAUUCCACGUUACUGGUAAGUGUCGCUGGCCAUAUUAUAUACUUCAAAUAGUCAUAGAUUGUAAGCUUAUUUCUUUACCCCCAAACACACCUUUUCUAUAACUGUAAACCACUGCAAAAUAUGUUGGCGCUAAAUAAAUGCUAAUAAUAAUCUCCAUUGUAGCAACGCAAUAUUACCCAGGAUGUACUCAUUUUCAAAUUCGUAGAUUUCCUCAAUUGUAAUUUAUCAUUUGUCUAAUUGUUCAUAUUUAAAGUUAUGAUUAAUUAUAGUCGCUCUCCAUUCAAGUAACGCAUUUAGACUGGCCCAUUUUCGCAUUCAUUUUUCACUUAAUUAAGUUAUUUUAAUGUGAUAACAUGUUUAAUAUUGGUAAUAUUUUAUUGCGGAAAAUAAAGGUAUCAUUAUUUUAUGCUACAAAAAAAGUAUAAUUAUAUUGUAAGGGAUAUCUAUAAUCUAUACAGUUGAGUGGAUACACCGAAAAUAAAAGUCUUCUUACAUCAUGGCUGCUUCCAUUCCCCAAGUUCAUCCAAGUCAGGCAACUUCUUUAUUGUGUGAAACCAUAUAGAAGUAUGAGUAAUACCCACCAAAAAGAUGUUGAAAAUUGUUGUUUUGUCAUCAAUAGGUCAGAGACUACUCCGGUACAUACACUGUGAAGCUCAUUGCCUGCACUACUGCUCCAUAUCAGGAAUACAAUUUACCACCUACCUGCAAUCCACGGGAGCCUAUAACCUUUGAUGUUGAUAUCCGAUUCCAACAGGUACAGCAAAGAAAAAUAGAACUUCUUCUGGAUUAUAGGAUUUAAACGUCAAGCAACGGGGCAUGAUUUAUUAUAAAUUAUACUUUAAUAGAUUCAGUUGUUCCACAUCUGCUUACUGAAGCAGAUGGUGAUCUAGACAACCAUGGGUCACAUUAAGACAAGCUUGUAAAAUGCUCUUUAGCAAUAAAUGGAUAGGCACGGUGGUUGAUGCUUUAUAAUAGCCUCAUAUCAAACUAUAUGGCUCUUCUGUAGAUCAUAAGAUCUAAACCACAUACAACGUCCUAUUCAUAUUAUUGUUUAUUGUCUCCCAGAGAGCUUUUUAAACAUCUGAAAAACCACUCAAUAAAAAAAGAGGACCCAAAGACCUCUUCAAAUUCAAUAACAUUUAUUUUCCUCAAAAAUGAACAACAUACGUCAAUAGACAUAUAACAACAUUAAUGUAAUACAAAGGUUAAAGUAAAUGAUUUACUAUCUUGUGCCCACACACCUUACUCAUGUAAGUUCAUAGGGAUUUUAUUACUUGUUUAUUAAAACUUGAAGGAUCAUAUUGUAAGUUCAAGUUGUCAAUGAUGGUCUUCAGACCAUAAAGGGAGAACCAACAUAAUUUAUAAUUCCUCUAAUAUCUUCUAGGUGAGUGAUCCAGUGGCCACGGAGUUCAGCUUGAAUACACUGAUGUUGCUUCUCUCAAAGAAAUCUUUGUGGUUGUCUGAUGGGUCCAUGGGAUUCGGACAGGAGAGCGACAUAGCAUUUUUAGAAGGUAUGUCACAAGAAAACAAUAUUCAGAACUUUAUGAUAAAAUAGCUUCACGUUGUUUACUUCCCUUUGGUACUUUGUAAGCUUUAUUUAGCUGUGUAAAAUGUGUAAGAUAAACAAUUGUCAGGGAAAAAAUUUAUGAACUUUUUAAUGUUCUUUGACUUCGAUUUAAUAUUUUUGGAUACGGUUUUCAAAUGAUCACAAUCCAGGGCCGGCCUUAGGGGUGUGCGAGCUGUGCGGCCGCACAGGGCGCCAUGGCAGCAGGGGGCGCCCUAUGGCUGACAGCUUGCACACCCCCUGCCCUCUACCAGGGCUUAGCAGCGAAAGAGACUGUAGGAGGCGGAGCCAAGCAGCCGAUGGGGCGGAGCCAAGUGGUCGGCGGGGGCGGAGCUAACCGAGGCCUGAAUCUGCUGCCUGGUAAGUGAGACCAUAGUGCCCCUGCUCCCCCUAUAGUCCCCCUGUUCCCCAUCUAUCCCUAUAGUGCCCCCCUCUUCCCCUAUAGUAAUCCUGUUCCCCAUCUAUCUCUAUAGUGCCCCCCCCUCUACCCCUAUAGUAACCCUGUUCCCCAUCUAUCCCUAUAGUGCCCCCCUCUUCCCCUAUAGUGCACCCUCUACCCCUAUAGUACCCCUGUUCCCCAUCUAUCCCUAUAGUGCCCCCCUCUUCCCCUAUAGUGCCCCCUCUUCCCUAUCGUAACCCUGUUCCCCAUCUAUCCCUAUAGUGCCCCCCUCUACCCCUAUAGUAACCCUGUUCCCCAUCUAUCCCUAUAGUGCCCCCCUCUUCCCCUAUAGUACCCCUGUUCCCCAUCUAUCCCUAUAGUGCCCCCCUCUUCCCCUAUAGUAAUCCUGUUCCCCAUCUAUCUCUAUAGUGCCCCCCUCUUCCCCUAUAGUAAUCCUGUUCCCCAUCUAUCUCUAUAGUGCCCCCCUCUACCCCUAUAGUAACCCUGUUCCCCAUCUAUCCCUAUAGUGCCCCCCUCUUCCCCUAUAGUAAUCCUGUUCCCCAUCUAUCCCUAUAGUGCCCCCCUCUUCCCCUAUAGUAACCCUGUUCCCCAUCUAUCCCUAUAGUGCCCCCCUCUUCCCCUAUAGUGCACCCUCUACCCCUAUAGUAACCCUGUUCCCCAUCUAUCCCUCUUCCCCUAUAGUGCACCCUUUACCCCUAUAGUAACCCUGUUCCCCAUCUAUCCCUAUAGUGCCCCCUCUACUCUUAUAGUAACCCUGUUCCCCAUCUACCCCUAUAGUGCUCCCUAUCCCUAUAGGGCCCCCCUCUACCCCUAUAGUAACCCUGUUCCCCCUCUACCACUAAAGUGACCCCCUCUACCCCUAUAGUACCCCUGUUCCCUAUAGUGCCCCCUCUACCCCUAUAGUACCCCUGUUCCCCAUAUAUACCUAUAGUGCCCCCUCUACCCCUAUAGUGCCCCCAUCUACACCUAUAGUGCCCCUGCUCCCCUUAUAGUACCCCUGUUCCCCAUCUAUCCCUAUAGUGCCCCCAUCUACACCUAUAGUGCCCCUGCUCCCCUUAUAGUACCCCUGUUCCCAUCUAUCCCUACAGUGCCCCUGCUCCCCCUAUAGUACCCCUGUUCCCCAUCUAUCCCUAUAGUGCCCCCAUCUACACCUAUAGUACCCCUGUUCCCAUCUAUCCAUACAGUGCCCCUGCUCCCACUAUAGUACCCCUGUUCCCCCUCUACCCCUAUAGUGCCCCUGCUCCCCCUAUAGUACACCUGUUCCCCAUCUAUCCCUAUAGUGCCCCCCUCUACCCCUAUAGUGCCCCCUCUACUCCUAUAGUGCCCCCUCUACUCCUAUAGUACCCAUGUUCCCCAUCUAUCUCUAUAGUUCCCCCUAUCUACCUCUAUACUGCCCCUGCUCCUCGAUCUACCACUAUAGCACCCCUGCUCCCCAUCUACCCCUAUAGUGCUUCCCCAUUUACCCCUAUAGUGUACCUGAUCCCUCCAUCUACCCCUAUAGUGCCCAUGCUCCUUAUCCAUCCCUAUUGUGCCCAUGCUCCCCCUAUAUCGCCAUUGUUCCCUGUCUACCCUAGUGACACUGCUCCCCUUAUCUACUGCUAUAGUGCAUUGCUCCCACAUCUACCCCAGUGCCCCUGCUCCCCCCAUCUACUGCUAUAGUGAACAAAAAUCACACACGGUCAAUACACACACAUAUCAGACACAGUCAAUACACCCAUUACAAAUAUGGCACACAGAGAACACAUCACACAAUCACGUCUGACACACACAUGAUAAGUAGCUGUCUUCCGAGUUCCGGCCAAUCAGAACGUUGCCGCGGAUUACCACAGGAAAGCUCUGAUCACCAGAGAUCAGCAUGCCCUCCCUCCAUGCAAGGUAAUGACAGGGAAGAGGUGAUAAAUAUUUGUUAAUUGUUAAAUUUUCAUUUAAUAAAUCCCCUAUACACAUGGAUGGCGCGGGGGGGGGGGGGCGCUGUUAAGAUUUUUCGCACAGGGCGCCUGAAGGCCUAAGGCCGGCCCUGUCACAAUCUAUACACAUUAUAUACACAUUUCCAUUAUUUUAGCUACAGAAGUCACUGUUAACGUCUAUAGGAAUGUUUGUACAUAAUUCAUUUGAAAAGUUUUUCUAACAGAUUGCGUUCAUUUGAAAAGCGUAUCCACAAAAUAUUAAAUCAAGACCUUUGUCAGAAAAAAAAAUGUCUCUCAAUACCCUAUGUACUGGCUAGCAUAUGUUUUUAAUGAUAUAGUAUACAUCUGUGUCCAAGAAUAAUAUAUAUUCUAAAGAUUUUUAAAAUAAAAAUACGGACAAUUGUAUAGUUAGUGUGCCACAUCAUCACGUAGCAUUGACCGUAAAUUCUGAGGUUGUUUAUUGUCUAUAUAACAAUUUCUUUGUUUCUAGUAAAAUUAUUACUAAACAUUUCAUGUUUUGCAGUUGUGUCUGUAGUAAGCUAUAAUUUAUGUUACUAUGCAAAGUAUUCUUUUUCUAAUGCUUUUAUAAAACACAAAAAAAUUCCUGGUGUCCUUUUACAGAAGUCCAUUUAACAAACUUAUGAUAAAUGUUCUGCUUUUUAGCCAAACAUUAGAUAUUUAAAGUAAUCAGCAUAUUUCUAACAGGCAGGAGGGCAUGCAUUGAUUUUGCACCCAUAACGUAAAAAAAGCUCACUGUUAUCGAGCAAAUGUAGUGGGAACUGUUUAGGUGAAAAGCAAAGAAAAAAAAUAUUUUACAUUCGGCUGAAAUCUAAAAAACCUUGCAGAAUCACACAAUGUGUUGCUAAGUUCUAAUCAUUCCCAUAGAAUAGAAGUUGAAAGAUAAAAUCUAGAUUUGGAUGGGUGGAUCUCUCCUGACAUUGAAUUUGUAUAUUUCAUUCUGUGGCAGGUGAUGUAAUUUAUGGCCGCGUAAUGGUGGACCCCGUACAGAACUUGGGAAAUUCCUUUUACUGCAGUAUUGAGAAGGUGUUCCUGUGCACAGGCGCUGAUGGAUACGUUCCAAAAUUCAGUCCAGCCAACAAUGAAUAUGGCUGCCUAGCUGAUUCAUCUUCUCUGUUGCAUCAGUUUAAGAUUUUGGUAAGACAUUACUUUCUAUAAUUUCCUUAACUAAAAUUCAUAUAUUAACAUUGAAUAAUCCAUGAACAUAUUAUAAUCAUUUUCUCUUUUGAAUUGUUAUUGAAAAAUGUAUUAAUAAAAAAUAUUUGAAAGAAUGAUCCAUGGACAUAUCCGCCAUCUACUUGUUAUUCUGAAGUGGAAAUACAUUUGAAAGUUAAUAGUGUAAGGGACCCUCCUCUGCCAAAAUAAAAAGUCACUGUCAAGUAAAUAUGUCACAUAUUAAAACAUGCAUUUAAUUAUGGUUUAGUUUCUUUCAUUGGGGAUAUAUCUAAAAACAGCUUAUAAAAGAUGUAGAUCUCUUGUCCAUUGCUUUUGUAUGUCCUCCCCUUCUAACCCUGUGACUGUCCCCUUUGCAAGGCUGGUGAUCUGAGCAAUUGCUGCCUAUUGAGUUCAGCUCCACCGAGCUAAGCAAACCAGGACAUUGCAGGACCAGUUUUCUGCUUGAAAGUCAGAAGAGUGUAACAAGGUUAAUUUAUAAAAGUGCCAAUUUUGAUAGAAAUCUGCACGUUUUUGUGAAACGAAAAAAGAGGACACACUAUUUCUUCAUAAAGCCAUUUAGUAAGCGUGUUGUAUUAAUAUGAGAUGCUUAAAAAUGGUCAGAGUUGGAAUAACCAAUUGGUGAGCACCCAGAGUUAUCUGAUACGUCCCACAAACUAUAUUUCUUACUGUUGUCCCCUGUAGAGUUUCUUGCCAAAUCUGUAUAGUUUCCAGGUAUUCUCACGCUAUAUAACCCAAACGGAAUGUGGUGGUGAGGUCUGUGAGUUUACUGUUUGAAGUAUUCAUAGAAGAUCUUCUUAUAAACUAGUAGCUUCUACAUUAGUAUUGUAUCACUGUAUCAAUGUAGAAUCCUUAUGUAGAGAUAAAUUAAUGUUUUAUUGAUGUUUUCUUGUUUAGUUUUGUGUGUGUGUGUGUGUGUGUAUGUAUUAAUGCUAGCUCUUCUUUAAUGUAGGAUAAAGCUCAGCCAGAGACUCAAGCUAUAAGAUUUGGAAGUGUGCAGUUUAACGCUAGAUUGGCGGUGGAUGAUCCUGAAGCUUUACCAUUAGUCAAACAACCUGGUUCUGAUGGAUUUAAGGUUGAUUCUUCACCUCUUUUUCAGGUAUGUGGUAUUUGACAAACAUCACUGCAAAAACCAUUGUGCCUGUUUAAGUACCUCCAACCCACUUACAGAUAAAGAGCAGGAACAUAUAAUCUGUAAUCCAAAGCCUUAUUGCCGAGUACUUCCUUCAAAACCAAAAGCUUUCAAGCAGGAUAAAUCAGAGUGACUGUCUCCUUGACCUUACUCUGCUACUAUCUCACGAACAACUAUUUAUAAUUCAAGCAUAUCCAGCAAUAAGUAUUUGGGUAGCAUGUAUUAAGACAUAGGGAAUGUUACAUAAUUUUUCCGCAUUUCAAAAUAGGUUCUCCUAGAAAUAUAUGUAUAGGCAUGUGAUAUAUCAGCCGCUUACACUCUUGAGCACAGAGGUAGCUGGUCAAGGUUUGGUUCAGAAGUCAAUCUCUGCGCGAUGUCAUUUUUACAACAUACAAUUUUUUUAUUUUGCCAUCAGUGUCUAGAAGAAAUCAGGAAUGAACUAAAAAUGAGAGAUUCAGCACAUCUUAAAGGGAAAAAAAACUAUUAAAUUGUGGUUUUCAUAUUAAUGCAUUGAUAUUUUUACCAGCUAACAAAAUGUAUUUCUGGGUUUUGUUCUUGUGAGGUGCUUUGCAGAGUAUCAAUAUUUGAUUUCUUUUUUUUUUGUAUUUUAAAACGUUUGUCUUGGGUUUUCAGGUGUCCUUAGGUCGAGAAUGGUAUAUUCAUGCAAUCUAUACAGUAAGAUCAAAGGAAAAUGCCAACAGAGGCAUUGGAAAAAGAAGUCUAGACACUCAAUACCAUUCAAUAAGUGUUGCUGCUUCUUCAGAACUUUCAACGAAUAAGCGCAGGAGGAGAGAUAUCAACGAAGCUCCUCAAGUCGCUGAAGAAAUUGGUGUUGAAAAUAAUCGAGGAACCAACAUUCAACAUAUUGCAUUGGAAUACAACAACAAAAAGCAAAACCUUCAAAAAGAGGUGAACAUUGAUGGAACAAUCCCAAGAGAGGUUAAUAACAAAGAAGAUAAGGUCAGCAUUGUCACCAUUAUGGUGGUCAUUGCAGCAAUACUUCUUCUAGCAAUCUCUUUGAUUACAAUUGCUGUUUUACUUGUGAAGCAUAAGAAGUCCAAAAAGAAUGAAGAAGGAAGAGAGUCAGGGAGCAGUGAGCCCAUGAUGUCUCCUCGGGGAUAUAGUACAGACAGCUCAGAGGUUUGAUGAUCAUGGACUUAUGAUCAAGUCAAACAUGAGGGCCUCAAGAGACAAAGUGCAAAUAUCUUGCAGCAAACCCCAUUCUAUUCAGAAAAAAAUAACAUUGUUUUCUUUACACACAUUGCCUCUUUGUUAAUCUUGUGUUGAACACCUUGUACAUAUGUGAAGAGUUCCAACCAUGAGACGUACAAUUGGGGCUCUCACUCCAAAUAACCAAGUUUGUAUUAAAGCAAUCGUGACAACCUUAUAUCAUGCACUGCACAUGGAGAGGAGCUGAAUAGAAACUUUAUACGUGAAAUGUGCUCUUGUAUUUCUAUCUUUUUCUUUUUGUAUUAUUUAAAUUUAAAAAAAUGCAAUGGUGCUGUCUAACUCAUCUCUCAAACUCACAGAGAGAGAGAGAGAGAGGAUUUAUGUUUAGCAAUAUCGUGUUAACUUUGGAGGUUCAAUGAUGAAACUAUACAUUUCGAAAAGUAAUUAUUUUCUGCUAAGGAACUUGAUGUUGGAAUGAAGAAUCAUAGGUAUGUUUUUGUAUGUUUUUUUUUAGUAAAAUCGAUAACAAACAUAAAAAGUGUUUGCACAGAGAAAGAUAUCAUUAGGCAUAUUUAGUCAAUGCCUGGGUUACAUUUACAUAUCCCGUGAAUAGAUAAAUGAAUUAAAUUACAAUAAUUGUUCAUUGAUAAGUCUACGUCCAGGGACUGCAAGGAUUCAUAUUUUGUCUAUACUCAAUCCGUUGCACACCUCUAAUUACUCAAAGCAUUUAGUGUACUACCACCAUACAUGUAAUUGUCUAAGUAAAAGCUCUUUUCUGUAACUUUUUUGUUUUUCUGUAUCAGCAUUUUUUUUACUAUCACUUUCAACUUUAAACUUUGAAAUAUAUCUACAAGAAACCAUGCAACGGAUAUGUCUGUCUUUUUCUCAGUAUUGGUAAAAUGUUAAGUAAAUCAAAUUUUUGCUUUUUUUUAUAUCCUCAUCCAAAAAAUACUAUUGCUAGGUGGUACUUGUAGCUAUCUAAACUAUAAAACAAUGCUGUAAAAACAAACUGUAAUUGAAAAUGAGCUUAUGAAAUGGAUGUACUGUAAUUCAUGCUGGUAACUCUUUCAUGGCUAAAGGAAUAUUUUUUUGUUUAUUACAAAGCUUACUAACCCUUCCAUCUAUUUUGUAAGGGGAGUGUGUUGCUAAUUUGUAUAAGGGGCAUGAUUUAUUUACUUUGCACAAAGUCCCUCUGCUGCUGUCAAACACAGAGCAUUACUUUAAACAUUUUUGUUUAAACAUUUUUUAUGUCAAAGACACUUUUGAUUUUUAUUACAAACAGGUCCCAUUUUGGAGGCAAGUUUCAUAGUUUUAUGGCCUUUGAUGCCUGUAUUCCAGAUAUGUAUACCUUGGCCAAUGCCAAUAUUUUAGGACAAAGAAAUACUUCUAAUUAAACAGGAUCUCCUUUUUUUGGGGUGAAAAUACUGACAAUGCUAUUAUAUUAUUAUAGCUAUCGCAUAACUGUUUCUAAGUAAUUUGAAUGUCAAAUACCUUCUCAGUAGUGAUUCUAAUCAAAACCUGCAAUCAAAUGUCCCAUUGAAUACUGAUAAGUCUUUAAAGCACAAAGCAUCUACUUUGGUCACUGUCGAUUUAAACAUAGAAUGGUACAAAACAAUUUUUUUGUCUUUAGAGUACCAGGGAGUGUGCACUGCUUUGGUUUGAAAAGGCUAUAUACCUCAAGACAGUUCUCAAAAGGUAAAUGCAGAUUGCCUAAAAUCAUUCUUUAUCUACCUUUUGGUUGGUUGUCAUAAGUUGACGGGUGGAUUGGUAAUUUUAGGUUGAAAUUGUAAAGCUAGAGAUUUAUUUUUCCAACUCUAGUAAUUUGGUUACAAUUUUGUAUCUAGUUUAUCAACGUACCAUUUUGUGAAUAUUAGCGCAAUAUAUUGUUGUAUAUGCAACAUAGAAUUAGACAUGAUGUACACAUACAUAACACCUAACAUUUCUGUAAUGUCAGGUAUUUAGUUUAGAUUUAACAGGUAUGAUUACUUGAGACACAGGACAAGGUUCGGAAGAACUAAAAGUAGAAUUGAUUACCAUGGCACAUUCUCAAUGAACAAAAGAUGAGCAAUUUUGUCAUCAGUAGCAGAAAUUUGCAUAAUACAUAUAUUUAGUUUUUUGGGGAACAAGUAACUUAUUUUGGAAAUCGCUGAACCUCUUAAAAGACAUGUUGGUAUUUAAUAUAAUUUUAUUUUAUUAUCAUGUGCACAAUAUAUAUAGCCGUCAUUUAAAAUGUUUGAUUUCCGUGUAAAGUUCGUAGAGCACAGUGUGACUAUAGAAGACUUCCAAUUCACAACCGAAUCCAGAAUGUACGGUUUUAUUCUUAACCCAUUGUGUGCCAGAGAGGAGGGAAGGGUGUACAUUUACUACUCUGUCAUUCAAAGCAUUAAGCAUUAAACACUGAUAAAUCUAGACUUCAAAUUUAUUUAGUUUUCUCAUAUAUGUUGUGUUUGCCAACUGCCUACGUUAUCAGUUUCAUGUAACGUCCCAAAUUUAAUGUUUCCUUAUAUGUAAAUCAAAGUUUCAGAUCAUGGUAUAAAUGUUACAUAGUUCUUUUUGCCAACAGUUGUUUUUUUCAUAAAUUAUACUUUUUUUAUUCUACAUUACAGUCAUGAUUUUUUACUUGUCUACUAAAAAGAUAACGUUUAAGGCAUUCUUUGCAGUCAUUACAAUCUGAAGAUCUUGUAUUAUCGUACUUAUUUCAUGUUUGCCAUUUUAUACUGUUCUGCUGUUAAAGGAAUGGAACGUUCCAUUUUAGAAUAAGAUACUUAAAGAUUGGAUCAUUUUGAUGGCAUUGAUCAUCAUUGGUCCUUAAGUAAGUUUUGUUUGAAGAGGUUAUUUGACGCCUUAAGGACACAUGACGGAAAUACUCCGUCAUGAUUCCCUUUUAUUUCUGAAGUUGUGUCCUUAAGGGGUUAAAUAAUGGUAGAAACAACUAUCAUCAUACAAAAUAAAUCUACGUAACAACUCACUGAAUUCACGGUCUUCAGAAACAGGCCGGUAUCUGGGAUCCAACGUGGUUUCCUGUGUCAGAAGUCUUCAAGUCUAAACUUUAUGUUCACCACAAGUCCUAUCUUCAGUUUUCAAAUGUGUUGAUUUAGAGAUCAGGCCUUGCCUCUUUAUCUAACAAGCCUUAAAACCAUAUAUAUAUAUAUUAUGUUAACAGACAUUGGGUGAUAUUUUCUUGUAUAAACUUUAUAAAGUAUAAUGUUUGAUGAAAUGCCAGUAUUACUCUUUAGCUCUUCAGUGAGCAAGACAUUUGUAACACGUGUCCAGCUGUAUGCGGGUACCUGAAAGAUCUACCUUGACAUAUGUAUUAGAAAACACACACUGGGUGAUGCUUUUAUUUGCGUCGCCAUUAUUCUGUUUUCUAGAAUAUAAUCAUUGCUAUUUUAUUUUAGUUUUAAGUUUUAGGACCAUGGGAUGUUCAGUUAAUGUCCAUAAAACCAAAUUUCUUUUAUUGUUUAUUCAAGGCCACAAUUAGCCACAAAAUGAUCUAUUCCACAAAGUUUCUAUCAUGUAUGAAGAACUCAUGUGUGAUACUAAAACUUUAAAUGAAUUUCUAAGGCAGAUUAAUGUACACGUAUUGGCAAAUAAUCAUAUAUCAGUUACCCUCUCAGUUUGGCUACUCUGGCCUUACAUUUGAUAUUUACUUUGAAUUUUCACUUUAGUUAAUAACUCUGUAAGUAGGUAUGCAGUAUUUUUAAUACGGUGAUACUGCAUUAUUAACACAUUAGCAGUAAUAGAGGAUACAACAACUAUAUAAGUAGUCAAAUGGGUGCUGCUGUCAUCGAGUGAUGAGAUAUUAUUUAACUACUUGUGCUCCGUGAAUUUUAUUCACAAAGUGCAAUAUUAAUAGGAUAUGGAUUGAAAAGUGUUAUUCUGUAUAAGGAAUGUAACACUUCAAAACUGUAAUUCCGUUUAGUAUUUAAAGAGGAGAGCAAUCUACCAUGAACGGUUGACUUUCAUCUUGGAAUUGUUGUCAGUCUUUCCUGCCAUGAGUAGGGUUACUGUCGUAUUCUCAGGAAUAAGCUAGAAUACAAAAUUGGCUUCUGCUAAGACCUUAUGAAAUGCCUUCACUAUGUUCUUAUGCAUACACAUUUAAUUUACAUAGAACUGUAUAUCUAUUGGGUAAGACGCUGCCAAUGAUAUCAGUUGUCACAGAAUGCGGAUUGAUAGGGAAGGGAAUUAGGAUCUAUAAAAAGAGACGCCCAUAUAUAAUUGUACAGAAUUUUAGUUUGACCAUUCCGUGUUAUUUUGGUAAAUUAAAGGUACAGUAGCAAUUUAAAACAUAGAUUUUAUAGGAAAUGGCAGAACACGGUCCUCACCACUGUUACAUGAUAGAAUAUGGGGCUGUAGACAAAAGCAUUCUCCUGAACACCAUAAAGCAGAAAAGGCUGCCAACUUCUGUGCCUAGGAUGCCCACAGGAACAAAUGUCUAGCAGCCAUUGCAGAUGUUUGACCACUUUCUAUAGCGUUCACCUAUGUUUUAUGUCUAUGUGACAGAAUUAAGAUAAACAGGUCAGUGAACUCUAGACUGGGUUUUGUUCCUAUAAGCAUCCCAGGUUUAAAAAGUUAACUCCACACCACUUUUUUUUUUAAGUGAUUUUAUAUUUAUUAAAACUAUUAUAAUAAUACUUUCAUGAAGUUUUGAAAGAAAUAGAUUUUUUUAAAUUAAGCAUAUGUAAACAUUCAGAAUAACACAUCUAUACCUUUAGUAUAUGACAGAAUUCUUCACUCAUAUAAAUAACAUCUAUAGUUAUCCCUGUUUCACUCUCUGCACAGAAGCAAAGAAAACCAUUGACUGUUGAGUUUCAAACACUGUCCAACCCAAGGUGUAUGUAUAUGACCGAAGGAUCCUGAUAUAUACUAAAGCUAGGGAUGGGUUUCUCAGUUUUCAUUGCAUAUACUUCAUGGAAAAACAACAUCUAUUUACUUUCAUAACGUGAUAAAAUAAUUAUUAUAUUAAAACAUAGUUUUGAGAUGAUAAUUGUCUUUUAGCGUAAAAGUAUAUAUUUGAAUACACCAAAGAAAAAACAGAAUAUCUUAGGAUGCGGAUCCCCAUAAUAAAUGUUUUAUAUGCUUACUUUAUGCAUUUACAGUAAGUGCCUUUAAAAAUGUGCCUGAUCAGAAACAAAUGUAUCAAUAUUUUUUUUACAGUUUUGAUAUAUGAUGUAUUGUUCAUUUUAUUUGUAUGACAAUAUUCAGUUUUAUAAUUCAAUACAUUGCAUGUUAAAGUGCUUGACGAAAACAGAAACCUGAAUUAAAGUAAUAAGCAAAAAAUGUUCAGUGUUCAAAUCUGAAAUAAAAUGACAAAACAUGGACCUAUAGUCACAAUGGGGUCUGCAAUAAACUUUUGCUUUUUGUUUCAGGAUUUUUCUUUUCUUUGUAUUUUCUAGAGAACUAUGUGUAUUUGUUUGACUCUAAAACGUGAACACUUUGAAAUGUUAUAUAUUAUAGUAAACACUAUGCAAUUUAUUAAUGUGGAUAGGUUAAAGAACUACAGUUCCAAUAUCGGGACAUUUUGGGUUGUUUUUGAAGAAGGUUUUUAAGAGAUUAAACACUGAAAGAAUGGUCCAUUCAGAAAAACCACACGCAGGUCUGCUUUUACAAUUUGCAGGGCUCAGGCAAAAUAAUUUUGUGCCAUACCCUCCCAUUCACAAAAACACAUACAUGGUUAAUAACACAUACAUAACAAGCCAUUUACAAACAGCUAUACAGACACAGACAAAUUCUGGCACACAUACAUAGGUACACACUCAAGCAGACACACUUAAACAGGUACAGAGAUCCACAUACAGUACUUACAAUAAUAACCCUGCACAUGUCAAUAUACAAUGAGAUUUUACAGUCUAAGACUUUAAUUUGAUGCAUAAUGAAAUAAAACCCAACCAUUUCUAUUUUUAGUAAUUUCACCUGUUAAAGAAGUUCAAACAUACAAACUGUCAGUGGAAACAGUGUUUAAACAUUUGAUCAGGAGUUAUAUAUAACCAUAAAUUUAUAUUAAAAAUAAAUAACAAAAUUACUUAUUUACCAAAAAUGCUGUGACUAAGCAUAUGCAAAAAAUAUUAAAGAGACACUGAUUUUAUACCAAAAAAGAAAAUCACAUUUUUAUUGGAUAAAAAGUCAAACUUCUCAAUUGAAGCAAUACAAAUGGGUCUUAAAGUACUUUCCUUUAUAUUAUUUCACGUUAUUUUAUUGUUUUUUUUUUUGUAAUUUGUAGCUUCGUAUAAGCAGCCUACACACACUCAUUGUUUGCUUGCAUGAAACAACAUUUAUAGAACAGAACAAUAUUUCUGGAAUAUUAAAAAUAAACUAUUAACUGGUAGAAAAAAAAAAUUAAAACUUUUACUGUCUUAUGUUACUCAAAGAUUGGGUAAUAAAUAACUAUAUUGGGUUAGAUGGGGACAUGUAGUCAGUGGCUCAUGAUGUUGCUUCCAGUGCUAGUCAGAGACUGGUGGAAAUUCCAAAAAAUAAGCAAUUUUAAUGUUCAAUGCAUUCACUUGCUUAUUUCUACUGUGCUUCUGUUCUUUGCCAUUAACUUGGUUUGGUAUAGUAAAAAAAUACACAUUUGUGUGAGAGCUGCUAGACUGAAAAGGCUAAGGAAUAUGGUUAUAUUUAUGUAGACUGGACAGUCAAUAAAGUGCAUUUUGCAGGACCUGAAAUACCUGAAAUCAAUGACAACUCCAUUAAAGCGCAAAGGGACACAUGCUCCAUGGCUUUAAAUUAUAGAGUUUCCUCAAUUUCAACCCACUUAGAAAAACACCUAACACAGGGGAAAUAAUAUUUGAAAUUUUAUUUGGAGGGGGGCACAGUUUAGGGACAGUUUUAGUGGCCAAUGUUUGGAUCCCAUAGCAGGUCUUAAUAUUGAUGAAGUUCCUUCAUUUGAAGAGCAGGUCACACCCCCAUGGUGAAAAAAGAAAGCUGUGCGUGAGUGAUGGACAAUCAUUUAAGAUACUCCUGAUGUUCUUAUUAAGCUUUGGGGUUGGUUGACAAAUCCACACCUUGUGACUCUAUUUAGCAAAACUCUUACUGUUUUAACAUAAUCCAUUAUAGAACUCUCAUAACCAAUUGGCCAUUAAAUGUUAGUCUCUGAGAUUGAGUUUAACCCUGAGAUUGAGUUUGACCCUGAUUCAGAGAACAACUCAAUCAAGACACCAGGCCAGCUGUAGAGGAGCUGACAAAUGAUUUGACUUAAUGAAAACACAUUUUAAAACACUAUUUUAUAUACAGUCCUAUACAACAAUAAUACUAUAAAACUAUGAAAGGACACCUGGGGAAAAUGACUCCCCAGACUCACCUCUCGUCCUUAAGUAUCAUAAAUUCUAUAAAAUCACCAGAUCUUAGGAGAAUGUUAAUAUUUGUUAUGUUAAACAGAUAACCAACCUCUUGCCUGAUCAACCUCCCCAAAUACCCAAAUGUUGAUUGUGAGGAAAUGUUAUGGAAAAUCUUCACAUUAUAUAUAUGAACAAAUAUAUUGCAAAUGGAAACUGGGAUUGCUCUGAUUUUGGCUUUAAUUUGAUUUACCUUUUUAAAUUUCAGAGUUAAGUGAGUCAGCCAUUAAUGAAAACAGUAUCAUCCAGAAUCCAUUGAUGAUGCUAAAAUAUAGUUUUGUCGUAACUAAGGUUAAGGAUUUGUCUAUUGCAUUUCUUAUAAUUUUAGAGCCGAUUCUUUAAAUCUGCUCACUUUUUGUUAAGCAGACCUUGAAACAGGUCAACUGGCAGAGGGAAUACAAUUGUAGAGUUGUUCUCAGCUGCGAUUGUAUUUAGUGUCUGCAGGUAACGCAGUUGCAGUGCCGCUGGAGAUUCCAUCAUCACCAUGGAGGCCUCUUUCAAAGCUCGGGAUGCAUUCAUCUCACCUUCUGCCGCUACGACCU